AUGGUACAGGUCAGUUAUAAAGAGGCAUGUAUAAUAGCCAAAGAAGUGGUUAAGCUGGGUAAUAACGCAUUCCGGGAAUCCAUAAAUCUAUAGGUAACCACUCAUCCAUGUAUCCACUGAAAUCUUCACUCAUAUAGCAUGCCUGAUACCGUACACUUACUGAAAUUCUAAAUAGCUAUUAUGGUAUUAAUUCAAGUACCACUAACAUUACCAAAUCUCUUCAUCUCAAUAAAGUGGCUUGGGUGCAGUGAACCUUUAGUUAUAACCCUGCAAUUAAAACGUUAGUUUGUAUAAACCACAGUGUUUACAUUGCAGGGUUAAAAACACUCUUCUAGUGGUUGUUUUCCUGACGCUAGAUGGACUUCCUAUACAAUGAGUGAGUGAAACUCUUUCAAUGAUUUCCUAUGAGAAGCAUUUGAAUAUGAGUGAGACUCUCGUGGUGCAUCUGCAUCAGCUCUGCAUUGAAUUGGACCACAUCGGAGGAAGCAAUGACUCCUCCAUGAUGUUGCAGGAGGUGUUGAGGCGAGCAACUGCAAGGAAGCUUCGGUUCUGAAUAAUGAUAAGUAGAAACCAUACUUUUAAUUUGUUUGUUGUAUAUGGGAAAGAUGGGGUUGGGAUUCUGUAUUACUAGGGACACUAGAGACACUAAAGCAGAAUGCAGGUUAUCAUCAAAUAUCAUCAUAUUAUGUUGGGCAUUAAUGCAGACAAAAAUUAAUUAGACAUUAUGCUGGCCAUUAAUUAAAACCACACCAACAAUCACACACCCAAAUGUGGCCUCUUGAAAUUAUGCAAAUUAUGCACUUUUGGGGGACUUUGCUAUGACAUCCCCAGAAGUAGAAAAAAAUAUCAGGACUGGUUUGAAAAAUUCCAAACAGGUGGUAGAUAUGUAAAACAAAUGCCUCUGAAAUAUGGGAAUUUAUGAGGCGUUAAAGCUUGAGUCCUUAUUCCAACUAUGUUUAAGCACACUGUAUGUGAACAGUAUCUGGCAGUUUGGGAAGAACACAAAGGAAUUGCUACAUGAACACAGAUAUUCAGAUUAUAAAUCAGAGAAGAGAUACAUUUCUAAAGAAACCCAUGCAGGUAGCAAGACCGGAAAGAAACAUUUGGCGCUGAGCCAACAAGGAUUUGAAUGAACGAAGAUAGAUUAGAUUGAGACCAAACACUGCAAGUAGGACAGGAUAAAGCAACAAUAGCCAAACAGCAAGUGAACAGUGUUUCUAACAGAUAACUAUCACUAUCACUCAUCAACAAUGUAAAAGUAAGAAAUUGAACCUAGUCUUGUUCAGGGAACUCGGGAACGCCACAGUAUUUUGCGUUCAGUGAUUUAUUUACUCAUAUGUAACUUCUCCUGCCACAUGUUUGUAACCGGUAUCAUCCCCCAAAUUUCCUAAAAAUCUUUGAAAUACCUGUUGAAUGACACCACCUGCUAGUGUAGCACAACUUGUCUCGCUAAUUACAGUACUAGCACCCACUCUCUAAAUGUAUAUAUCCCCAACUUUUCCAGUUAUUGAAACAUUGAUAUAAAGUCCAUGAUUCCUUGUUGCUCAUCCUUCUUGUGUUUGAUGCUUAAUACAAUGUCCAAUAUGCCCAGUCCUGUUACAGACAAGCUUGAGUGCCUUUCAGCUACGUGACUUAUCCAAUUAUUACCAUGUACCAUGUUUUCUACUAGGCCCUGUAAUAUGUUCUAUGACUGCAUACACUUUGUAACAUACGUUGUGUCUUGGACUGGUCAAUUUAUAUCGCAUUAGCGUUUGGCUUUCUAAUGUUCAUCCUUUGAUCACCAUUUAGCUUAUCACAUUUGCAGGUUGAAUUCUAGUGAUUUAGUUUUGGAGCUCAAACCUUACUGAUAGGUGAAUUGCCUUGCUCUACGUGUUUUUCAGGCCAUCUCCAUAAACUGGACACCUUCUAUGUAUUGCAUACAUUAUGCAAACACCUAUUUCCCCGUUAAUAGAAAAUGUUCAAUAGAAACAACUCCAAUACCACAGACAUUGUUAGGGAUGGGUUUAAAAGAUCUAAAGCCCUGGAUGCAGGUUUUCUAAGCCCCAAAUAAUUUUGGGAAGUGAUGGAAGGGUGGCAUAAUUUCAUUUUCUUUCACAUAUUUUUUUCACUUAUAUUGUUUAGUGCAUCUGCCUGUUUUAAAAGCCUGCUGCUUGUUGUGUCAUUCUCAAAUUUACUCUCUGCCCUUCAGAUGACAAUCUACAGCUGAUAGCAACAUGAUAAGCUUGGCAGAAUCAGUCACAUACAAGAGUGGAGGUGAAGUAGAGAGAUGGUGAAGCUAGGUUGGGCAGGGCGAUGUUGACACUGGAUGGGCCUUGUGUGGUACAGUGGAGGUUCACAGAGUUUUUUCUGUAGGCUCAAGGUAUUUUUGUAACUUAACAUCCGUGUGCAGGACUAACAGAUGCACACUACACUUACAUGUAGUAAAUAGCUAGAUAGUCAAAUAUCUAAAUGUCAUUAAUCCCAAGUAAGCAUUUAUAAAACCUAUUUUAGUGGUAUAUAAUCCAUAAAAUCUUCCAUAUAACCAACUAAUAUAUCGGUUACUAUUUGCGACUAUGACCUCUGAAUGCAUAAUAUAUGUGGCAAUUGAUUAAUGCUGGCAAAGCACAGAUUAGUUUAUGCAAAAAGAUAAUGAAGUGUUUAUAGUAUAGUCAGUACUUAAAGCAAGAUGAUAAGAUAGUUAAAGUGGCACUCAUUCUAUGGUAUAUUAAUGCAAUUAUAGGCUCCCUACCUAUGACUAAGUACGAGGUGUAAAAACAGCAUGCAUUGGUAGCAUCCUUCGUAGGCUAUAGUUAGAUGUACACUUUGAAUGUGUUAAUGUUAUAGCAAUUUUAAAAACUUUAUUUACAAUUCUUGGCUUUUUUUUUGUAAUUAACAUUUUAGAAUUAUUAUCAUGCCUUUCAUUUGUACAAUAAGGUUAAAGAACAAAUAAACAAUUUGGUCCGAAUUGCAAUUUUUGGCUUUUAGUGAACAGCACCUCUACCUUUGGUGGUUUUUGAAAAAUAUGUAUUUGAUUACUCUGGGAAUGGUUUAUACAUAUUAUAAACAUAUUUAUAUAGAUCAAAACAUGGUUCUUCCAAAUCGAUUUGUCCAAAUAACAAAUGGUUUCAGCCGACUUGGGUUUGAUCCAUGUGGUUUUUCAUUUGAAUUUCAUCCAUGUGAUCAGCUGGGCAGGAAAACUGGCUAAUCAGUGUACUGCAAAAUAUAAAUAUUAUGUAUAUAUUUUGCUGUACACUGAAAGAUACAUUUUCCCACCAUUUGGUUUACAAAUCAAAUGAGAAGUAAACAAUAGAGAGAAUAAGAGGAGGACCAGUAAAAAAAUGAUAUUAUAUGUUUAUAUAUUAGACUUAUAGGUUUGUUUUGGGCUGAACUGCAAUUGGAACCCUGGUUCCGAAAUUCUGCCAAGCCUACUCAUCAAUCAUCUCAAUCAAUCGUCUCAUCUCAAUCAAUCUUUUUUUCCAUAAAAACAGAACUCCAAAUCACAAAACAAAUUGAACAGUUUAAUUAAUUGUUCUUUUUAUUUGUUUCAUGAUUUGUUCAUAUAACUAUAAAUAUAUUUGCGGAGCUCAAGAUUUCAAGCAAAUCGUGAUAAUUUGAAAUCAAAUGUGUGUGUAUGUAUAUAUAUAUAUAUAUAUAUAUUAUAAUUAUAUAUAUAUAUAUAUAUAUAAAGUGAAAAAGUGAUCAGCACUCUCGGGCUUUAGAAAAUUAAAACUUACAGUUUAUUGAAAUUCCAUUUAAAAGAUCAACGUUUCAGUUCCUAUCUGGAACUUUCAUCAGGAUCAAAAACCAGGAUCCUGAUGAAAGUUCCAGAUAGGAAGUGAAACGUUGAUCUUUUAAAUGGAAUUUCAAUAAACUGUAAGUUUUAAUUUUCUAAAGCCCGAGAGUGCUGAUCACUUUUUCACUUUAUACAAUUUUUCCCUGGAUUACAAGCCCCUCUUGUUUUAUAUAUAUAAACUUUUUUUAGUUUUAACAAGAUUUAAACUGUCCCGACUAUUUGCACCUGCCACCAUUAAAUCAGCCGUUUACACAGUAAUGGUAUACUGAGAGAGAAGCUGGAAAGACAGAAUCAUACUGAAUGUCUGCUCACCCCCUCUUCCAGCAUAUCAUGAUCAGGAGUAUUUCAUCAUCAGGCACCUGAAAAUAUAAUCUACUGCCCAGUAUUGUAACUCCCACUAAUCUUGGUGGGCAGCCAGAAGAAUGCAAGAAGUCACUGCACUACACGGUUGAAUAAUGGGAAGAACACAUAAGAAAUAUUUCGAUACCUUGAAAAAAUGAAUAAAUGGUGUAUGUAUUCAGUUUAUAUUUCCAUACAAAAGAUUACCCACAUCUUAACGAAUGUCUUUCAUUUUUUUUUUUAUGGAUUUCAUUUUAAUUUUCUUCUAGAGUACUGUAUCGAAUUAAAUUUGUUCUUGGCAAGUAACCUAGCUUCUUACCGUAUGCAGUAAUUUCACUUUCUUGAUACAGAAGGAUUUUUAAUUUUUUUUAUGGAAAAUAUUAUAACGGCUGAGGUUGAAGUGGAAUCUGAAGGUCAUUGAAAGUGUCCCUUAGAGUAUUCCUGUACAGCUUAUCUUUUCUCACAUUCCUAUUUUUUUUUCCCUUCUUUGGAUAGAAUAGCCAAUCGCAAAAGAAUAGAGGCUUACGAAUAGCCCAGUGCCAUCCCUCAUUAAAGUCCCUUUAUGCUCCUCUUUUAAAGAAGCUGUCAAGUUCUAUUCUAUGUUUGACAGGAAAGGCCAAAUCUGCAGUACAGGAAGCCAGACGAGCACACACACUCACACACACAGAAAGAAACUUUUUUUUUUUUUGUGUGUGUGUGAAUGUUGUACCGAGCCAGCAAAAAGAAGAAUUUUAGAAUCAUGUAAUUUACUCUGGAGGCAUUUACUGUACAUAGCCAAUAGUGAUGGUAAUUUCUCUCAUUGUUGGAGUGAAAAGAUAACCAUCAGUCACUUGUCAAUUGGUCAAUUGCAGAAGCAUUGAAAAGAGGCUGGCUGGAACAAUAAUGUCUGGGGCUAUCUGGACUAUUUUGUGUUUUUGGGAAAAAAUGGGGUCUGGAUUUUAAGGAUUGUAAUGAGAGACUACAACUUUGGAAAAGUAAACAUAAAUAGAUAAAUAAUGAUAUCAUCUAACCUUAAGAGUUUGGGAUUUUCAUUAUUUGAUUAUGUUGUGCUUGUUAUAAAAUCAGAGAAAAAUCACAACGUUUUAUUAAUUCUUCAUUAGUAAGUUUCAUGCAUCUUGUUAUGAUCUCACUAAAACGUGUUUGUACAAAUCAUAUACACCUCAAAUUUGAAUUGCUUCUGAUGUUAAAUAAGUGUUUAUACUAAACAUGUUAUUAUAACGUUUUGUUAAGUGUUGUAUAUUUUCUACUUUCAGCGGUAUGUUUAUUAUAUUUAGUAUAUAUGUAAAAUUGUGCUAAAACCUAACCUGUUAACAUAUUGAUCGGGACAUAGAACGGAAUAAAAAUUCCUUCUUUUAUUCUUAAUCUGUUAUAAUUUACAACAGUGCUAUAUGUUAUAACUUACUGUAGAUACAUUCAUUGUGAUCUGUUGUCAUUUAUUUUUCACUUAUUACAAUUUCCAUUAACAGUUUUAAUUUAAUUAAUCUCAUGUUCUUUUUAAUGUAUUGCAACUGUUAUUGAUUUUAGGUUUUGCUCUUUUGGCUGUGGUAGGUAAUAAAAAGGAUUACAGGCCUCCAGAAUGACGAGAUAUCAUCAGUCUGUAAUCCAGCCCGCGGUUUCCUAGAUACCGUAUUGUCUAUUCUGUUCCGCUAUGUGAAAAAUGUUGAAUAUCAACAAUGGGUUUCAGUGCUGUAUUGUUGAGUUUUCUAUGAACUAAUCUUCCUUCACUAAGAAAGAAAAAAAAAAAAAAAAGAACUACAGCUUUGGACAAAGUCUAUAGCCAGAGCAUUUCUAACUCCUCAUGCACAAGGUCUGACUGUGGAGACAGAAGACAUUUUGUUCAUUUGCUCUGCUCUUUCUCAUAGUUUACCUUCUCUCAGGUACCUGUGCCUAUCAAUAUUGUUUCACCUGUUUGGCUACAGUUUCUGGGAAAGUCCCUGGACUUGGGAGCAGUUGUAGGCCUUACAAAGAGAAAAUAUUGUCCAAUGACUGUAAGGUAAGCUUUUUCUGAACUUAUCUGGCAUGUCACUAGUUAACAGUGGGAAAGUAUUGAUGCAAUGCUUACAUAUUGUCCUGUGGCUCGUGGAAGUUUUAUUGAGGUAUGCGUGCAUCAUAAGCAAGCAAUGUAACUUGUACUCACAUACCAGAGAGGCCACUGGGAAUGAUGGGAAGAGUGAAAUAUAUUGUUUGUGUACAUAUAUAUAAGUGUAUUUAUGAAUGUACACACAAACGUAUGCUUGUUCAUAUCACUGAGCAUUAUAAUGCUUGUAACAAGUUACAAAACUGUAGAAUGUAAUGCUCUUAUAUUGCAUGUCUGCGUUUUGUUUCUAUAUAUCUUGGCUAAUAUUAUUCAUGACACUUGACAUCACAUGCAUGACAUCACAGCAGUACGAACAGAAUAGAACACUUGGAAUCUAAGUGUAAACAGUGGCAACCAAAUGGCAGGACCAGCUGCAUCCCUCUGUGUUGCAGUGGUUAAUGCUGUGUAGAUCACACAACAAAGUUAAAAUAAACACAAGCAACAAUCACGAUGAGCUGUUAUAGUGUGGAUAUAGAAAUAUGCAGUUAUUAAUUAAUUCUGCAGGUCGUUGGUUGUUAACCAUUUAGGGAAUUUUGCCAAGGGACAUCACUGAUGUUUUUUGUUCAUUAUAAUUUAAAUAUAUAUAAUUUGAUUCUACAUAUUUGUUAUUUCCACAUUGGUUUUUUUAAUACUGUAUAAUAAUUAUGGCACGGUUUAUGAUUUGCUCAGUAUAUAUUGUUCUUUAAUCGCAGUAACAUUUCACAGAUCACUUGCAGCUCAGGGUACGUUAUCUUUCAGCUCUUGAAAAGUCAAACUUCCAUUGCUGAUUUUCUCCAGGAUAAUCACUUUGUAAUGGAAGUAUACAAUUGAAUUAGUGCCCUGCUGUAACAUAUGCUAUUCUUACCCUUCGCUUUAAUCUCAGUCUUAAAAUCUGUGAAUUGGAAAGAAGUGCAGAUAAGAGUAGCUUAAAUCUGCAUUUAGUGCCAGGCAAUGAUGGCCCCCUAUGAAACCACUUCAGAUCCUAUGCUUGAGGUGGUGAGUCUGAAUUUUUCCCCUUCCUUGCCCAUUAUUGUCAGUCAAUUAUGAAAUGGAACUGAACCAGAAAAUCUGGUACAGUCUGGUAAUUAGUACAAAGAGUUUUCAGUCUAGUGUAAAGGCAGAGAUGGAAGAGCCCCAGCAGCUACAGAAAUAGUUUUUAUCAGCCUGGACACCACUUCUCAUUCUGCCUGAUUACUCCUUAAGAUACUGCUUCUGUCCCUACAGGUCUGUUUCAUAUACACAGCGCUUAUAGGCCUAGAUUUCUAGUUUCUCGUGGGGGGUUUGUAUGCUCGUGUUUUUUUUUCUGUUUUUUUUUAUACAUAUAUAUAUAUAUACAUAUCCCUAUAGUAAACAUGUUAACUCAAAACAUAAUUUAUUAAUAGUAUAAAUAAUUUUUCGGGGUCUAAUUAUAAUGGGUAAGUGCAAGAACAAAUCUAAACUGUUUUUUAGUGUCAUAUUUACAUUUAGUGUGCUACAUUUAUCAUAGCAAAAAUAUUUUAGCAUCUAGUGCUAAAUAAGGAGCAAUCGCCAUGGAAACCAAAAGACUGUCCAUGUGUAUUUAGCAUGUGCCCCAGAACAGCACCUGUUUUGACUUGUUAAACAUGGCCCAAUGUGUCUUUUUCAUUUCAAUUUGAACCCUUGGCUUCCUGGUUGGCAUAGAUUACUUUAAUCAUUAUUGUGCACCUACUCCUCCCAGCACUUAAAGGAUGACCCAUUUGCACUAUUUUGUAUACAUUUUUAUAUUGUGUUACUGCUGAAAAUUCGGAUUGUUUUAUGAGUAUUCCUAAAUAUUCCUUUUCAUUGGCUCUUACUCUAAUUUUCUCUCGAGCUCUGUACAGAUAGAUGUGAGAGCUGAUAUAGAGUGAAUGGCAGAUUUAACUUUGUCACUGAUUUCAUAGCAUGCCUCUGCUUUUUUGGUUUGUUCACUUUCUUUCACAUACUUCUCUGCUUGAGGUUCUGUAAUAGAUUGCAAGAGUCUAUGAAUAGAUGCCUCUCGUUCUUUAUUUCAAACGAUGCUGUGCCUUUUUUUUUUUUUUUUUUUUGCAAAAUGGCUUGUGUUCUUUUAGGUCUACUAAAGGCACAUAGAACAUCACAGUGUACUUAAAACUAGUCUAAAUUCUUCCUUUAGAAAGAAACUGUACAAAUGGUAUGAUCUGGGCCAUAUCUGCAGCCUAUGUUAAAACAGGCAUAUAACAAGCCAAUGGUAUGCAGGUGUGCAUCUUACAUACUACAUUAUAGAAUGCACCACAACAUAUGAAUACAUCUCAUAUGAAAAGAUGUCUAAUACAGGAUUUUAUACAAAUUGCAAGUGAUUCCAAGCCUAAUAUAAUUACCGCAUCCAUUAAACACCUGCAGCUUUAACAUGGUGUAUACAGGUGAGUGUAUCUGAAAGCUUAAUGAGGCAUUCCUGUAAACAUAGGAACUACAUCUUCAGUAACAAGGUAUGGAUGUAGAUAAAGCUUUAUAGCUGAUGAUCAAUUACAUUCUAUAAAAAUGGAAACAUUUUGAGACAAACAUGAAUUAAAAGAAGAACAUUUUCUGAACUAUACCACGGAUAAUUUACAAUGGACCUUUUACUAACCAAUUCGCACCUUUCUACUCUUUGGCUUCUCUUUAUUUUAAAAAGCCAAUAAUAAUUAUUUUCGGAAUUUAAUACAUGGUGUAUGCAGAUCCUCCCUCCUAAAAUAACCGAAUGUGGUUUAUUCGCUAAACUGUGACCUGCAGAGUAAUGACAAAGAGAUUACAUUUUUCAGGCAAAAAUAAUUGAACUAGAAAAAUAGCUGAGUCGGUCAAUUUUUUUAAAAGCUCAGCUGCUUUAGCCUAAAAAAUGUAGUUUGCUUGUCAAUUCCCCACAGUUCUCAGUUUGAAACAAAAACCAGGCAAAAAAACAAAACAGCUGUUUCAGACAAAUGAUGAUGGGAGUAUUGCCCACUUUCAGUCUGUGAAAGCCUAUUUAUUUUUUUAUUUUUCAGUUACAGUUAACAUUUGUAACUGAUUCAAUAUAAACAAAAAAUCCAUUUAAUCCAAAUAUAUAUAUAUAUAUAUAUAUAUAUAUUUAUUUAGUGCAUUAAUGAAUGCAUGUAUGGCUUGGGUAAACAUAUCUGAUUGGAGUGUGGACCCAAGAUAUAUAAUUUGAUUGGCAUGGUUAAACUAUGAAAGUAUUAUCAAUGAAGAGAAAAAAAGCACAAUUUAUGCGACUAUCACAAAUAUUACUAUCAAUAUAGUGUUAUUUAGAUUGACCUGUGUUCUUCCUAAGCUUCCUGACAUUUAGAGUAUUUUGUUGGCUACCAGAAGAAAAAAUCCACAAUAUGUUUAACCUAGUAUCUUUAUCCCCUUAAGAACACAUGACAUGUGUGACAUGUCAUGAUUCCCUUUUAUUCCAGGAGUUUAGUCCUUAAGGGGUUAAACAUACAUUUAAAGAUGUAUUAAUGUGUGUGGGGAAUCACUUUUAAAAGCUUUAUUGUGCUUCUGAAAUAUCUUGGUACAGAUCAGAUAUGUAAUAGUCAUGAAAAUGUUAUCUGAUUUCUAAGGUGAGAAUUAAAUAGUUAAUUCUACUGUUCCGGAUAAUUCUGAAUGUUUUUGAAAACUGUAAAAAUUUAAUUAGCUAUAUAAAUGCCAGAAUGACAAAUAAUGUGCUAUUGUCUUGAUAUCUUUCCAGAAAUUGGCCUUUUAAAGCAAAUUUGCUGUAUUAAUCAUCUAAAAAUAUUUUUGAUCGCUGAAUUAAUAGUGUGCAGGCUGCACCAGGUACUCAUUGGCAUAGGUGAUUGCCUCUUAAUUACCGAAUGGAGGCUUCCUAUUCACUCUUAUUAAUUCAUGUUUUCUGGCAAAAUCCCAAAAGGCAGCCUUCCCCUAUAUCUCCUAAUUACUUCUGUAAUUGAAUUUGCCCACUUUUUCAAGCCUAUUUUUCUAAACUGACUGUAUUUAUUCACUCUUUAUUGUCUCCGUCUUGUGUCAGUUUUCUACAAGCAGAAUGUACAUUGAUUCUUGCUCAUUUCUCAUUAAUUUUCAAGAGCUUUGCUACAUGACUGUUUUUUCAGACUGACAGUCUUAGUGUGCGUCCCAAAGAAGAUGCUUAUUAUUUAACGUUAGGUAAAAUAGACUGAAGUUAAUUAAUUUGUUAGUAACUCCGAGCCAAUUAUUACAGGCUUCCUUUACUUUAUGCACUUGUUAACAAGAUACAGAUUAAAAAAAAAAAAACAUUAAGUCCUGAAUGUCCUUUAAAAUUUGACCAAACCCAGGAUAUAAAAAAAAAAAAACCCUAAAGGUGGAUUUAGAUUUUUGUACGGUAUGAUUUUUGUUCCAUGAUCUUUAAUUAACCUCUUGGUCAUCGUUUAGAACAUUAACACAGUUCAUUAAAUUCAGUUUGUUUUUGAUAAUAACUGAAUUCUAUUAUUUGAUUAUUAUUUUUUACAUUUAUUUAUUUAUUUGAUUAUUUUAUAAUUUUUUUGUUGCGUGUUCUCCAAACCAAUUAUUUCUACCAUGCACCAUCCAUAAACUCUCAAUGCAGAAUAUAAAUUAUAUGGAUUAAAUUAGAUUUUAAUUUAUAAUGUGUUAUUUUAUUAAUAUUAUGAUAGACAGAUAGAUACAUAGAAAGAUAGAGAGGCCGAGAGAGAGACAGACAGACUUUUUAAAUGCCCAGUGUAUAAAUCUAGUCUCUAAUUUUAAAAUGUAACAUAAAAAAUAGACAAAUGUUUUUAAUACGGCAAUGUUUGAAUUUCUGUUUUGAUGAGCUGCAUUAUGAGCGUGUCUAUGAAAUCCAUAAGAAUUCAUUGAUAUUCGAGAGUGCUAGGUGAAGGGAUAUUGCUGUAAUGUGUUAAGAAAUGAAAGCAGAGUCCAUUCCCUGUAAUGCCAUAAUAGAAGAGGUUAAUUAAUAAUUGACACUUCAAAAUAAUGUGGCCAAUGAAGGUUACAUUCAUUUUUGUAAUAAAAGAGAAAAGAAUGGGGCCCCUGGAGUGGUAUGUAUAACUCGGAUUGCCUAGCUUCAUAAAUAAUGUAGUAUAAUACAAACCAAAUAGACAAAUGCCUUUUAUAUUUUAAUUAUAAUAAACAGAUUUAAUCUGAUGUAGAGGGAAUUGCAGUUUAGUGAUCUAUGCAAAAAUAUCUGUUCCACUAUAAUUAAGUGUGAUGCGAAUUUAUAUAUUUUUACCCAGACUUAUUUAUAGUGUGACAUAUGCAAAUAAACCCAUGUGGUUCAUGGCAAAGACAAGGGGUUCCAAAUCUUAUAUCUAAAAUUAUCAUAGCAAGCAAUAUCAAUUUAAACAUUUCGUUAUAUAGUUACAUAGUGAUCUGUGUUGGAAUACGACUUGAGUCCAUCAAGUUCAACCUUAAAAACCUAUUCCUUUAUGCUGUUCCAGAAAAGGCAAAAAAAAUCUCACUUGUAGUGAUUUCUAGUUGUACCACAAAAAGGGGGGCAACAGUUCUUCUUGACUCCAUAAUGACAGUCAGAUUUCAUAUUGUAUCAGCAACCUGUUCACAUGAAUAUUUAUCAUAUCCUUGAAUAUUCUGUUUUUGCAAAAAGCAUCCAGGCCUUUUUAAAAAAAGAAAAGCUAUAUAAUUUUAUAAGACAAUCUAUUUAGCUAGAUAAUUCCAUGUCUUUUUUUUUUCUUACUGUAAAAAACCCUUUCCUUUGCUGUAAGUGAAAACACCUUUCUUCCAGUCUCAAUGGGUGAACUCUUUCGUGUCUGUUUAUACCUGCUGAUGAAUGGGUUAGCAUAUAGCAGUUGAUUGAACAUCACCUGUCUUAUCUGUUAUGUGUAUACAGCACUGGCCACCCACUACCUUACACUGACCUUGUACACCCUGUUCCAAAUUAUUAUGCAAAUUAUAUUUUUCUCAUUUACCUAAAUAAUUGAUGUAAAUAACAGUCAGCAUAAUUCUCAUGUUAUCAACUAUUAAGAGUACAAUUCAAAUUUUAUUGAACAAACCUCCUAAUGAUAACAGUAUUUUUUUUUAAACAUUAAAAACUUACAAUGCACUGUUCCAAAUUAUUAUGCACAGUAAGUUUCAAAACACUUGAUAGGUUGUAAAGAACUGAAAAUUGUAAUUUGUUGUGUUUGCAGCAUAUUUACUGUAAUCAAAAGCUAUUUCAAUCAAACUUAUAACAACAUUUUAACUUUUUAAACAUUUUAACAGGUCACGUUACAUUUUAACAUAGGACCCCUUAUUUGAUAGCAGCUUCACAAGUCUUGCAUCCAUUGAACUUGUGAGUUUUUGGGCAGCCUCCCAGAGCUGCUGUUUGGAUGUAAACUGCCUCCCACCCUUAUAGAUCUUUUGCUUGAGGAUGCUCCAAAGGUUCUCAAUAGGAUUGAGGUCAGGGGAGGAUGGAGGCCACACCAUGACUUUCUCUCCUUUUAUCCCCAUAGCAGCCAUUGAUCCAGAGGUAUUCUUUGCAGCAUGAGAUGGUGCAUUGUCAUGCAUGAAGAUGAUUUUAUUACGGAAAGCAUAGUUCUUUCUUCUGUACCAAGGAAGAAAGUGGUCAGUCAGAAACUCCACAUACUUUGCAGAGGUCAUCUUUACACCUUCGGGGACCCUAAAGGGGCAGACCAGCUCUCUUCCCAUUAUUCCGGCCCAAAACAUGACUCCACCACCGCCUUGCUGACGUCAGAGCCUUGUUGGAAAAGGGUGGCCGUCCACCAACCAUCUACUACUCCAUCCAUCUGUACCAUCCAGGGUUGCACAGCACUCAUCAGUGAACAGGACUGUUUGAAAAUUAGUCUUCAUGUAUUUUUCUGCCCAAUGCAGCCAUUUCUGCUUGUGUGCAUUGGUUAGUGGUGGCCGAAUAGAAGGUUAUACACAGUUGCAAGACUCUGGAGGACUCUACACCUUGAUGUCCAUGGGACUGCAGAGGCACCAGCAGCUUCAAAUAUCUGUUUGCUGCUAUGUAAUGGUAUUUUAUCAGCUUCUCUCUUGAUCCGAUGCAUGGAUCUGGCAGAAAUCUUCCUCAAUGUGCCUUUAUCUACACGAACCCGUCUGUGCUCUGAAUCAGCCACAAAUCUCUUAAUAGUGCGAUGAUCACGCUUACGUUUUCGUGAAAUAUCUAAUGUUUUCAUACCUCGUCCAAGGCAUUGAAUUAUUUCACUCUUUUCGGCAGCAGAGAGAUCCUUUUUCUUCCCCAUAUUGCAUGAAAAUGGUGCUCUGCUUAAUAAUGUGGAACACCCUCCUUUAGUAGUUUUUCCUUAAAUUGGGCUCACCUGGCAAUCUAAUUAUCACAGGUGUCCGAGAUUGUUUUCAGUGAUCAAAAGAGCCCUGAGACACAGUGCCAUCCCUGAGUUAACCCCUUAAGGACGGAGCCAAAUGUACACGUUGUGAACGAAACAAAAUGUAAACAAAACCUGGCAUUUGCGCUACAUGUCUGUCCAACCGUAAUACACCUCUUUUAUAGUAAAUGCACCCACCCUUAUUAGAUAUCAUUUUAUUCAGGGGAAACAGGGCUUUCAUUUAAUAUCAAAUAUUUAGCUAUGAAACAUAAUUUAAUAUGAAAAAAAUGGGAGAACAUAAGAUUUUUUUAUAUUUUUUUAGUUCUACAUGACAUUUUAACGGUCAGUGUCAUAAUACGGUUUGCUUUUACUGCAAUAAAAUACACAUAUUUGUAUUCAGCAAAGUCUCACGUGUAAAACAGUACCCCCUACGUACAGGUUUUAUGGCGUUUUGGGAAGUUACGGGGUCAAAUAUAGCACGUUACAUUUGAAAUUGAAAUUCGCCAGAUUGGUUACGUUGCCUUUGAGACUGUAUAGUAGCCCGGAAUGAAAUUUACACCCAUAAUGGCAUACCAUUUGCAAUAGUAGACAACCCAAGGUAUUGCAAAUGGGGUAUGUCCAGUCUUUUUUAGUAGCUAUUUGGUCACAAACACUGGCCAAAGUUAGCGUUAGUAUUUGUUUGUGUGUGAAAAAUGCAAAAAACGCCAAUUUUGGCCAGUGUUUGUGACUAAGUGGCUACUAAAAAGACUGGACAUACCCCAUUUGCAAUACCUUGGGUUGUCUACUAUUGCAAAUGGUAUGCCAUCAUAAGGGUAAUUUUCAUUCUUGGGCUACCAUAGGGUCUCAAAGGCAACGUACCCAAUCUGGCAAAUUUUAAUGUGAAAAAGAUGAAACACAAGCCUUAUAUUUGACGCUGUAACUUUUGAAAACACCAUAAAACCUGUACAUGAGGGGUACUGUUGUACUCGGGAGACUUAGCUGAACACAAAUAUUUGUGUUUCAAAACAGUAAAAAGUAUUGCAGCAAUAAUAUCAUCCGUGUAAGUGCUGUUUGUGCGUGAAAAUGCAAAAAACGUUCACUUUUACUGGCGAUAUCAUCGUUGUAAUACAUUUUACUGUUUUGAAACACUAAUAUUUGUGUUCAGCGAAGUCUCCCGAGUAAACAGUACCCCCCAUGUACAGGUUUUAUGGUGUCUUGGAAAGUUAUAGGGUUAAAUAUAGUGCUAGCAAAUUAAAUUCCCUAUACUUUCGGCAUGGGUUGUCAGGCAGGUCCCGCUAAUUGUAAUUAAUUAGGAUACCUAAUUAUGUAAAAAUAUUACAUAAAUAUAUGUGUAGAAUUAAUAUAUGUAUAUAUAUACAUAUGUGUAUAUAUACAUAUAUAUAAUUUUUUUAAAUAUUUUUAUUUAUAUAUAGGUGUAUAUAUUUAGUGAUAUAUAUGUAUAUAUUUAUGUAUAUAGAUAUAUAUAUUAUUUCGUUCUACGUGUAUUUUGAUAUAAAUAUAUAUAUAUAUAUUAAUAUCACAAUACAGUUAGAACGAAAUAACAAACAUCUAUAUAUUUUUUUAUUAUUUAUUUUUAAUUAUUUUUUAAUUUUAUUUUUUUUACGUAUUUACAUUUUUUUAUAUUAUAUAUAAAUAUAUAUAUAUAUAUAUAACAAUAAUUAUAUAUAUAUAUUUAAUCAGUAUUAGUCUACGUGUAAUUUGAUAGUAAUAUAUAUAAAUAAUUAUAUAUAUUAAUAUUUAAAUACACUUCGUGUAUGUGUAAAUGUGUGUGUGUGUGUGUAUAUAUAUAUAUAUAUAUAUACUUAGAUCAUAUAUAUAUAAUAUAUAUGAUCUAAGUAUAUUUUAUAUGUAACUGUAAUUUUUUUUUUACUAAUAUUUUAUUUUUUUACAGGACAGGGGGCAGAGACAGUGUCAGCCAGUGAUUUUACAUCACUGGCUGACACACAGGAUCAGUGAUCACAGUGACUGGCUGUCACUGUGAUCACCUCCUGCAGAUUGGGUAAUUGGCCACAGGGGGGAGUGCCUGGGUGGUACAAGCACUCCCCCCUUCCAAUCUGCAGGGGGAUCCUUGUGCCAGUUACAUGUGUCAGCCAAUAGGCUGACACAUGUAACACUGAUCGCAGUGACAGGCUGUCACUGCGAUCAGAGCGCUCUGAGAUCGCAGUGACAGCCUGUCACUGCGAUCUCAGAGCUAGCAGAUCGCGGUCACUGACCCCAGGGGGACUGCCUGGGGGGCCAGGUAAGUCCCCCGACCGCGAUCUGCACGGGGUAGCCGCUGGCCACGUGUGUCAGCCGAUUUGAAAUCGGCUGACACACGUUAAAAAACUGAUCGCAGUGACAGCCUGUCACUGCGAUCAGUGACUGCAGAUCGCGGUCACCGGCCACAGGGGGGGUUGCCUGGGGGGCCGGGCAUCCCCCCCGACCGCGAUCUGCAGCGGGCGAAUAGCGCCGGCCACAUGGGCGGCCAUUAAAGUGAGGGCGUACUAUUACGCCCGCCGGCGUUUAGAGCCGGCUCCUGCAGGGCGUAAUAGUACGCCCUCCGUCCUUAAGGGGUUAAACUGAAAAACAAAAUAUUUAAUCUUUGCGACACUUGGAACAGAGUGUAUAUAUUUGUAUAGUGCUAUCAUAUCCCCCAUUAGGCUUCUUUAUUUCUAAACAAAACAAAUUCAGUUUUUCUAGCUUUUGUUCAUAACUAAUGUUCUACAUUCCCCUUAUUACGUUUAUAGUUUGCCUCUGCACUUUUUCUAGUUCUGCAAUAUCCUUCCUGAAAACUGUUGCUCAAAAUUGCACAGCAUAUUCAAGGUAGAGUCUUAUCAUUGAUGUAUAAAUAGGCAACAUUAUAUUUUGAUCACAUGAACCAAUUCUCAUUUUUACACAUGAUGGCACAACCUUGAUUCAUCAUGGCUAUAGCUACUCUAUUGACAUCUGUCUACAGGAAGUUUUGUCCAGGUAUGCAUAAUUAUAUUCAUAGUUACUCUGAGGUACAGUUCAUAUUUACAUAGAGUGAGUGACUCUGAGAUACCCGAAUCACAUUUCAGGGAAAAUACAGUGCGAAAUGGAGAUGGUAUGAAUGGUCUAUGAUUGACUAUCUACUAAAGUCUUCCAGAUUACAAUGUUAAAAAAAAUGAAAAAAAAUAAAGAUAAUUCGCCCUUUUCUCCAAAGGCCUUUUUCGUUUCCUGUCUGGACAAAAUUGGUGCAUGCGCAGCCAUUGCCACAAAUGCACCAAUCAAAUGUGGCGAAAGACUAAUAGAACAGUUCUCUUCUGGAAGCAUUAGACUAAUAAUUCCCUAUGGAAGCUCUCAAUUCUGUUUCAGAGACCUUUCAAGCAAAGGGAAUUACGAAGCCCUCCACGCCUGACUACCAGGAGGGGUGCUCCUUAAUUAAUUCAUAAGAGUGUCGGUUUCUCUUGAAAUUAGCAUUUUCAUGAAAUGGGACAAAAGGAGCAUCUAUUUAAGUCCUAAAUCAAUUCAGCAAAGUGAAAUGUUUUAGGUGUCUGGAGUGUCCCUUUAAAUCUAUCAGUGACUUGUUCUUUUAUAUUAAUUCAUAUUCUAUACUAGCAGAAAAUAGUCUGGUUAAAUAUUAAAGGGCACCUGUCAUGUACCAAACAACUUAUGCACAUUAGAUUGAGCAUACAAUUUUACCUAUACAUUAUGCUAGCAGUUUUGCUAGUAAUUGUAUAGAUUAGGAGAAAAAAACUAUUUUAAAAUGUUUUUUCUCCCAGCUAUCAGUCAAUGCAUUGGCAUGCCAAGGGAGAGCAAAAAGGCCUCCCACAGGAGGACCUUCUGCUCUCCACCCAUGCGCUGGGGAAACUCCUUAGCCGGAGCUUCUAGCUCCGUUCCGCCGGCACACUUACAAUGAAUCCUGCAUGCCGACAUCACUGACGAGGUUUGCCCUGCUUCGGGAUACAUCCCAAGCAGGGCAGAUCAAAGAAGUCUGCAGGAGGAGCGCAACGGAGCAGAGGACAGUCUGGAGUAACACCCACAAAGCUGCGCUGGAACAGAGGAAAAGUGAGCAAAUCAUUAUAUUUUACUUUGAAUACACGAUGUAUCUGUGUGAUAUAUGGUGUAUUCAAUGUAUAUGGGAGCAAUUUCAGAUAAGGUAAUUUUUCCAUAAUAGGUUUACUUUCUAUAACGCCUUACUUAUGUUUAUUAAGCACAUGUAUAGCGCUUGGGUUAUUCCUAGUUUUUAGUCACUAAAAACAGGUAUCAAGACUGUCUGUCUGUAAGAACCAAUGUUAUCCAAACUCUACAUCCUGGUGUGGCUUCAGUAGUACAACACUUAUUAGGCCAUAUGUAUUAUUAUUCCAUAAGAGAACAGAGAAGUUACACACUAAAAAAUUGGAACUUAUUGGCAAAGCUUAGUCAAGAGUAGCUCCACUAGCAACGUUUCAGCUCUCACAAGAGCCUUCAUCAAGACUGGUCUUUGGUUUGUAACACGUUCUGAAAGAUUACUUAUAACCAUCCUGCAAGACAGUGGAAGUGCGCUGAAUUCACAAGCACCAAUUCAACAUGUUUCAAUGAAAGAUUAAACAUUAAAUGAUAGUACUUAGUUUUGCGUUACAUAAAAUACUAAGGAGACAUUUAUAAUUUUAAGCAUGAGCUGCCAUGAAGAUGAUUUUAGGAUGAGUGAAUUUAAUAUAGGAUUAUCAUCUGAAAUAUAGAUGUCACUUAUCCAUUAUUAAUGUAAACUGCCUAUAAUAUUACAAAUUAAUAACCCUUGAAUUAUUUUACCAGUUUCUUGUGGGGAUCUAAACGUAGAAUUAGUGCAGGAACCAUGCAUUAAGCAGCAGAUCAUCUUAAACCAUUAACCAUAAAGAGAAACGUUUGAACUGACAUAGAAAUUCCAUCUUCCUUGAAGUCCGCUCAGUGGAGGAGAAGGAGAUGAUGGAAGUUGUCUAUCUCAAGGCAUUACUCUUCUGUAGCACUAGGGGUUAUGUGGUUAAGUUCUAGGAUAUAUUUAUCUUAUGUGAAAUGAUUUACAGUUGAAUAUAAACACGUACAUCUAAAUCUAAAACUGAAAGGAAAGAAGUUAUCAUAUUUUUAACUUUAAUGCUAUUUGCUAUUGGUCUCACUUUCACCGCCUUAGUUUUUAUUGUUAUUGAUUGGAAGUUUCUGCUAAAUUGAUUUUCCAUCAUGAGAAAAUCUAUAUGAGCAAUAUUUAAUAUAUGGUGCCUUGGAUAACAUAAGAUUAAUAUUGAAUUUUCUGCAGUUCGUGUGUUAUGCCAUAAAAUGAAUUAGGCCCAAGUCACCCAAAUGUAGCAAAUAAAAUAACUUUGUGUAUAUCAAAAUGCAAAUUCCCUCCCCUGCUUAGUGGUUGCUCAGGUGGACUGACACUCACUUUUCUCAUGUCUCAAAAAAUCUCCAAUCCACUGUGUGUAUGUCUUAUAUCUUUACCCUCCUUUUGUACAUAGAGCUUUUGUUCCUUUCUCUGGUAAAGUUGAGAGUGCUUUUCCCAGCAAUCAAGAUUGUUUUCCUAGUUGUACAAGUGGUGGCUGAGUCUACAGUUAUAACAACCUAAAAGGCUAAAAGCUUACUUAGUAAUGGAUUGUUAUUUUUUUAAUUUAUACAUAUACUUUCUAGUUGUAUGGUAGUAUAUAUUACAGACUCAUUGAUGUAAUAGUUAAGGUUUAAGCUAGGACAAAGACAUAUGUUGCCUAUGAAUCAGAGGCUAAACAAGAUACCUUUAUAAUCAUCCUUUCAACUUUUUGGAGCUAAGAACAGACAGUGCUAGCUAAGAUAUCUGCUGACUACAGCUAUACGGUGCCCUUUUGGUCUUUGAGCACAUCAUUAUUUUAAAGGAUAAUUAAAGGUUAUCAGCUAGAAAAAAUUACUAAACAGUUUCUAAAAUAAACUUGCAAAAGGAUCGCUGUCCCCGUAAGCACUAUAAGGCUGUGAAUGACAACUAUUUGUCAUCUGUCAGUAACGUCUAUCAUACCUGAAGGGAUCUACCCAUUCAGUUGUCUACCCUUUUUGUAAGCAGUGUAGCAGAAGAUCCAUGAAAGUAAGAAAGUACUGGUCCACAUCUGUGGUUGAUCACUUGCAACUCAUGCUUUGAGGGAUCUUGGUAGGGUUCAUAUAAUAUAAGCAGGUUGUGUCCCAAACAUGUACGGUUACUUUGCACUGUAUGGUCCAAACUACUCAUGAGAUUAGCUGUGGUCUGGAAUGCAUCAGAACAAAAGGCCAGUAGAUGAAACAGUGACAGUGCCUACAAAUUAAUCUUUAUCAGGAAAUCUUCAAGGGUUAUGAGGUGAACUGAAAUAGAAAGUACAAGAAAAAGCUGUUUGUAGCUCUAAAAGCCUCUCCAUUUUAAUUCCCUGAACAAAUAAUUGAUUGAGAUGUGACCCCACAAGAACCGUAGUACCGAUUUGAUAUGAUCUCAGGGUGAAACUCAAGACCCAGAAAUAGAAUAUGGAAGAAGAUGGCAAGGCAUAAGGGCAGCCACUCAGCUAAACAAGCAGUAAACGUCGUCGGUGCCUGAAGCAGUAUACACUAAGUGAUGCACCACAAAGCUCGUGAUUAUUGAGAUGCCCUAGAUAAUACAAACAUCAUCCUGACCAUUGGUAUUACCAGAAAUGUUUACCCCCAAAAAAGAUAUUACCAGCGUGUUCUGCAUGGAAUACAGGAGGCCUAAUGGCAGCAUGGAUAUGGAUUCAUAAGCCAGGCAUUGUUUUAAAGAUAUUCUAGAAAACUAUUCUGGCACAAAGUGCAUCACAAUCCUAGGUCACUGUGAUAUAUUUUAAAACCUCAUACAACAGAAAAAAGCACAAUCAUGAACUUAACCCAAGGGAAAAAAACAAAACAUUUUUGUUGAAAUUUGAAGUAUUACAGAAAUGUUCUUCUCUCUUAAAGUAGGAUGGCUAACCGGCAGACCUAUAAAGGCAGUGGAUCAGUUAACAUACUGAUGCAUUCUACUUUGUUAAGGCCCCCCUGUUAAUACAUUUCCCCCAACCUUGCUGCUCCUGAUCGUAGCCAUCUCCAGGUGCCCAUAGAUGCCUCCAUAUUCAUGCCUUCUUCUGUUCACUCUUGAACUACCAAACAUUCUUAAGAAAGAAGUAUCCAAGGGCCUAUCCCGGCCAUCAAUUACUAGACCAGGCAGAUCAAGCAGAAAAUUAUAUCACUUAUAACCUUAAUUAUUACCUUAUUAACCAAAAUUAUAACCUUGGGCUUGAAGCCAGCAGUUUUCUGUUAUCACCAACCACAACAAAUAUUCAUGGUCAGACAGAGUGAUGGUGCCUUGCCUGGCAGUCAUAAUAUGUCAGCAUCCAGAAAAGGCAGUGCCAGGCCCAUGGAAAUGCAGAUGGUCUAUCUUUACAGGAUGAUGUUCAGGUCUGUGGCAACACCAUACGAUUGACCUGUGUCAGUUGGCUCAGUGGAGGCGAUCUAUUUUUUUGGGUGAGUGUGGCAGAGUGUGCUUCCAUGAGUAUCAUACCCGAGAGGCAUAAGGGAUUUGUAGGUUCCAAUACAAAUCAAGCCUGAAAACUCAUCAUCUCCCCUGAAGAUAAUUAUGUGAGAAUUAGGUGAUGUGUAGAUUGAGUAUAAUUCACACAUGUGACUGUGACCAAGAAAUCAAAACAGUGCAGGGUCCACUUUCUAACAGAUUAAUUUCACUGAACAUGUUUUACGCUGGCAUAUUUUUCUCUCUGUAUACACCUAUGUGGCCUAGGGGCAUGGGAACCCCCUAGCCAACUUUACACAAUGUACACAAUGUGCUCUUUGCCACAGACAAAAUUGCUUUGAAAAAGGUGCAGGAGCUGUUUUUUUGUGCUAUUCUUGCUAUUCUUGGGUGUGUCCUAGCAUGUAGCAUAGCAUAUAUUAUGAUAUAUCUUCCUUCUUUAGACAUCCACUGUUUCGUUUGAUCCAAAAUGUCAGGCAUCAAUUCACAUACAUAAAAUAGUAUUCUUUGUUCAUACUUCAAUACAACUCACAUUAUAGGGUCCUGGUGACCCCACUUUUUUUAUAUCAAUCAGCAACCAAACAUAUGUCCACUGGUUCUGCAGAUCCCCCAGUGCAUAUGCUUGGUUCUUUCUUGGUGGGGGGAGUGUAGUAUGCACCAGGGUGGUGAGUGGUCUCUAAUGCCUAUUAUUAGUCUGAAAAGCACACAAGUCAGGGGGAAAUAAAUUUUUACAAUGCAUUUGCUCAAAUCAUUAAGAUUUAUAUAUAAUCUUGGGCUGACUCAGUUGUAAAGACACUUAAACAGUUAAAUAUUAAUGAUCAGAAGCUUUCAUGAAUAGCUUAUUACUUCCAGAAAGUAAAUGCCGCUUCACUGUCCCUUUAAGGUGUUUAUUCUCUUACAAAUAUUGCACCAUAAAUGAUGUGAAAGGCAUAUAUUUGCUCUGACACUGAAGACCGUGAUAGACAUCUCAAUUUACUAUGUGACUCAUUCAAAUAAACAUGAUUAUAUAUGUAAUAUGGACUUGUGUGUAAUUGCAAAAAAGGGGAGUGAGUGUAUGUGUAAAGUAGAGUGUACAUAUGUAUGAGCGUCAUAUGUGCAUAUUUAGGAACAAUUAGCCACACUGUGACUAUAAUUGAGAAUUGUUUGCACGUCAGCUGUUUUUGCCAAAUCUAUUUUGUAUGUAUGUAAAAAAAAAUCUGCAUGGGCAUAUGUGUGUGUAUAUAUGUGAGUAUAUAUAUAUAUAUAUAUAUAUAUAUAUUACGUGUGUAUACAUAGGAGAGAUUUCUUCUAUAUAUGAUGCAGAGUGUGGGAAUGUAUGUAUUAGGGAGAGGUGGUGUAUGUGUGUAUGUAUGAAUCUAUAAGGGAACUGAGUGGAUUAUGUAGAAAUUGUAUAUAAAAUUCUAUAGAGAAAAGCAUGGUGGUCUUCCACUCCAGCCACAUGAAGACCUUAGUCUGACAUUGCUUAUAAAAAGUAUGUGGAAAAAAAACAAACAAGAUGGCUGCUCCGUUUAUUAUUAUUGGUGACAAGCCGCUGCAAACUUUAAAAAGAAUGCUGAUUGGAGUAAUUACAUAUAUCUGUCAAAUAAUUAAGCCUCAUUUCUUUUUCUCUAUUAUUUAUUUAAAUAGAUAGUGUCCUAAGCAAUUACAAUGUUAUUUUCGGGCAGCACUCAGAAGACAAACCUAUUUACUUACAACUCUGUCAUUUGGCUUUUGUCACUGAUAAACUCUGACACUGCAUUGUUUUCUUGUCAGGGGACAUUAUGCUUGCAGUUCAGCAAAUAUUUUCUUCUCCUUUUGACCAAAGCAUCUCUCAGACGUUACCUUCCUUCUUUCAUCGAUUUGUUUUCUCCUUCUAUUUUCACUUUCUAUUGUUUUCUUAUCAUAGCUUCAGGUUAUUACGUAGGAAGUAUUGAUGGGAGUGGAUGGUCUGGGUCGAUGCCGAGCUAAUGCAUCCUUAAUCCUACCAUUGUUACAGAGUUAUGCUUUACUCUGGUCCCUGAUGGGGAAAAAGGUGCAGAGCUGUUGAUCUGAGUUUUAUUUGUUGCAAACCAAUCCAUCAAUCAAGUCCAAGUAUUUUUGAAUGCUGAAUGACAUGUGGGUCUCUGCUGAAAAAAUUCGAUAAGGCUGUAUUGUCAGAUUGCUCACUUUGCUCCCUUGAUAAGAAAUACAUUGGCCUGGAUUAGAUAAGACAUUGGACUAGUAAAGAUUCUGAGAGGGACACGGAGGCACAUGUGACAGCAGAGGUUAUAGAUUUUUGGCAUUAAUACUACUUAUGGCCAAAUAACAUUGGCUAAAAUCUCAGACAUUAAAAGCUGUCUAUAUUUUGAAUUGGUUAUACUUGUGUAGCUCUGAAACGAAUCGAGGACACUGGAGGAGUUUUUGUGUCUGGGAUUUUGUCCAAUGUCAUUGAUUGAAUUAUGAAUAUCCCUUAGGAACCAUUAUCUUCACUUACGUGCAUGCCGCAGAGGUUUUUUUAUGUCUUUAUAACUUACCACCCACAGUUCUGCAUCCCUUUAAUAGAAUUAUCAAUACUAUGCCACAUUACAGUGUAGUAAGACAUCAAUUCUGCUUUAAAUGAAGCUCUGGUGCCCAGCUGGUUCUUGUGAUCUCUUCUCACCCCUAGGAUGAUGGGAAUUAUAGUUUUUCAAGAGCUGAUGCUCUGCCAAUAGGUCUUUUCUGAUACAAUGGAGACGAUUUACAGAUUAUUUUCUUUGGUAUCCUGUGAAUCUUUCGGGCAUUAACAAAGGAAAAUCCAAUAAUAACUCACUGUUAACACUAUGCAUUUGAAUUUGUUUACAUGUUUAUGAAAUAUAACAAUGUGUGCUUAAACGAGCUUUUCUUAGGGAAAAAAAAUAGAAUACAAACAUACCUGCAAACAUUUUUUCUUUUAUCUAGAAUAACAAAAGAUGCUUUAAGCAUGAAUUACAGGGCUUCAAACAGACACAAAAAAAAUCAGAGGUAAUGGUAGGAAUUGCAUUGCAAUAAUAAACUUUACUCAUACUCUCAGUAAGAUACUAUUUGUGAAUAAUUCAAUUGCAAGCUUUAGAUGGCAUUCCUAUACAUCAUGUCUUCAUCGCUUACACUGGAUUUUAAAAUGGUAAUGAGAAAAUAUUGCAUUUGCAGAAUAUCAGGACAUAUAUUAAUGCAUUAAAAUCAUUAUAUUUUUUUUUUGUGAGUAAAUGAAAGGGUGAUCUCAUAUUUAUACGUAUGCAUAUACACAACAAAGGAUAAAAUGAGAAGUUUUCUCGCAUCAAUAACAUAUAAAAUAGGAUGGUGUAAAAAUUACUAAAAAAAUACACAAUAUGUAGACCUUUCAGUGUAUUGCAAAACUAGAAAAAUAACAUACUUGUAUGUAUGCAUGUAUAUAUAUAUUUCUAUACACCUUUCUUUAUUUAUUUAUACACAUACAUCUCAUGUGAGUAUAUCUUCAUAAAAACAUAAAUGUAUUUUCUUUAUUUCAUCCAUUUAUGGAACAUCCCAUGAAAUAAGCAUAUUCUUGUUUUUUUGUUGUGAUAAAACAUGUCUCUAUUUUUUAUUUUUAUUUUUUAAAUAACUCCAAUUACUUCCGACUGGAAAUAUUUCUAUGUCUCAUUUUAAUAACGAUUUCCGAAGUUGUAAUUACGGUGCGAGAUUUGGUAUCUCUGUGCCAUUAUUCCAGUCACUGAAUUGCACACUUUAAUAUGUUAUGAAAAAAAAACACUGCCUUCUGGAUAUGUACAAUUUUCUUUUCAGUCUUUCUUUCAAGUUAGCAGCAUGCAGAAAGAAAUGUUUAAACAUUAAAACGCUCCAUAGGUAUGUUGACUGUGAUUUCAGGGGGAAAAAAAAAUAAUAAUUUCUUGCUGCCACUAGAUGCUUUAAAAGCCAUUAUGUUUCUGCCGUGAAAGUAAACAGUUUGUAGCAUUAGAAAAUACGUCGAGAUGACCUAUAAAACGGAGAGAAAAAAAAAGGUAACAAAAAGACAAUCGGAACCAGAGGGCAGGAAUGCCGGACAUUAGGUAGCCCCAAGUAUUUUUAAAUAAGAUCCUUUCUUUCUCUGCUCAGUGACUUGCAAACUGAAAAAAAUCAAUGAUGGAGUGCUUUAGAUUUGUCGGAUAAAUUACACGUGCUUCAUUGCUCCAUUGUAUCCGUCCUAUAUUUCCAACCAGAUACUUUUAGAUGGAACGAUCCUAUAGCACAUAUACUCAAUAUUGAUUUUUAUAGAUUAAACAGAGCUUGAAUUGAACUCCAUGGGGUUGGUAGCAUGAAAAACUUAAGAUUUCCAUUUCUUCACAGUAGGAUCCUAUUCCUGGUGGAUGCUUAUUAAGAAAGAUUAGUGUCUUCAGAAGGACUGUUCUCAUUUUAUAACUGGGCCAGCAAAUACAUAGUACAGUGUAUGGUUUCUUUUGUGUAUUCAUUUUUUUUUUUUUUUUAAACCCACUCAUUCUUGAUGUUUAUUAAAGUUGUGUGGUUAAAAUCAAUUGCAGCAGUCUUUUUGCUCACUGUGGUGACUGUGUACAGUAAUGAACCCCUGCAGUAUAUGGGAUCGGUAUAUGUCGGUUUAUAAUAACUUUUUCUACGUGUACUUUUUUUGACUACAGAUACAAAAUCUUAGAGUAAGGCACAGCAAGCGUAUUGAUAUCAUUGUAAAGUUAGAGACAUAACUGCAAUAACAACAUGCCCUUUUAUAAAAAAAUAAGUAUAUAUUGUAAAUUUAGAAAAUGUUUUAUAGUAAGCGAGAAACAUUAGGAUAACUAAGAAUUAACUCAGUCUUAACUAUGCAUGAUAGACAGAUAGAUAGAUAGUUAGAUAACUCUUUACCUCCUCCGCUUAUUAGCCAAUUUAAUGUUUAGAUGAUCCUUCCUGCUCAAAUAACUGUGACCAUUAAAAUGUUUAGAGGAUAGAUAGAACACAGUUCUAAAAUGUUUAGAGGAAAGGUAGAACACAGAUAUAGAUGAAUACACAUGGAUAAAUGUCCAUUAUACUGUAUAUAAUCAUUGAUAUAUCUUGUAUUUUUUAUUAGGUGGACUAAUUAACCAAAAAGUUUACUUUUGUUCACAUAGAAAAUAUUUCAGUAACUUCUAGAACUUUGUAAGGAGGGAAUGGAUUGUUGUGUGUUUUCUCUGCCAUUACUCCCCAUGCAAAAUAAUUUCCCAUAUUUAAAUAUACAGUUACAAUUGAAUGGGCAUCACGAAAUAACGUAUUUGACCUAAACAGCAAGUCUGCUAUCUAUGUAUUCCACAAUUACACCCACCAAUUCUUCCCAAAUAAUGUUACACAUUAGUCUUAGGAAGGCCUUGGAUGUCAGUCUGAUCACCAGGGUAGAGAAGUUCCUCUCUGUGAACUUGCAGAGCGAUGCUAGACAAGUCUUUCCAAUUUCCAUCAUUCCACACACAGGACAGUUUGCAUGGAUUCUUAUAGGUGGAGGUCUCUGAGAGGAGCCCUGUGUAAAUUAAUCAAUUCCUAUUGCAGCAGCAAGAGGUAGUAAAAUCCCAGGUUUGUUGUAUGAAGAUGCAAAAUAAAAGGGAUGUUGUUCCUAGUACACAACAUUUCUCACCUCAAAUAUGCUACUGAUGUAGAUUAGUUGCCAUUAUUCAACAAUGUUCAUUUUAUCAAUCUCUGUAGGAUGAAGGCAUUACUUAACCUCGCCAGGGAAUAAGACUUUGAACUUACAUUUUGAAAAUAUAGUAGGGAUACUGCUUUAUUAGCUACUAAAGAUUUCAAACAUCUUCACUGUUUGUAUCCAUUUUGCCUCCAAACUGCCUAAAAACACAUAUCUGGAGAAUGUUGGAACCCAGCAUGUAACAAGUCAGGACAAUAGGUCCUCUUAAAUGUUCUAUAAAAAUACAUAAUUACAAAAAAUUGAAAACUUGAAUCCCCUGUCUGGUUACAUUUUAUCCUCCACCCUACAACAGAGGCUUUGGAGGAACUAGUAUUCUAUUCUCUUGGCCCCUACACAAGUCUAGUUUUCCACCAUCACUUGUGAAGUGGUGAAAGAGGAAAGGUUAUUCCCAGACCAUCUCUGGUUAAUAGCUUCUGGGCUAUCCACCCCCACAUAUAAUUUUUUACUAUAAUUAUUUUAUUUUAAUAGAAAGUUUGAGAGAGUCAAUCAACUAUUUCUUGUUGCACGCAUUUCCAAAAUUAUGCUUGCGGUUAUUUUUAACAUGUUUUAUUUUCCUUUCAACAGUAUACCACUUUUGGACUGCAAGAGUCAAUUUGACUAUGAUGCUUGUAGUUUAGUGCUGUGUCAGGGACAGGGCCGGACUGGCCCACCGGGAUACUGGGAAAUUUCCCAGUAGGCCGUCGGCAGGCAGCUGGCUCACCUGCAGCCGCAGAGGGAGCUCUUUAGGCGGCCGCAGGGGGAGCUGGCUGUUCUGUCUCUGCUCCCCCUCCCCAGCGCACUAGAAAGAGACCGGGCCAGAAUAUGACAUCAUAUUCCGGCCCCGGUCUCAUUACACGGCGCGCUGGGGAGGGGGAGCAGAGACAGAACAGCCAGCUCCCCCCGCAGCCGCCAAAGGAGCUUCCCCACAGGUAGAAAUUGUGUGUCAGUGUGAGUGUAUGUGUGUGUGUGUCUGUGUGUGUCUCUGUGUGUGUCUGUGUGUGUCUCUGUCUGUGUCAUGGUGUGUGUGUCUCUGUCUAUGUCAUGGUGUGUGUGUGUCUCUGUCUGUGUCAUGGUGUGUGUGUGUGUGUCGCUGUCUGUAUCAUGGUGUGUGUGUGUGUGUCUGUCUGUGUCAUUGUGUGUGUCUGUGUCAUUGUGUGUCUCUGUCUGUGUCAUGGUGUGUGUGUGUCUCUGUCUAUGUCAUGGUGUGUGUGUCUCUGUCUGUGUCAUGGUGUGUGUGUGUGUCUGUCUGUGUCAUUGUGUGUGUCUGUCUGUGUCAUUGUGUGUCUCUGUCUGUGUCAUGGUGUGUGUGUCUCUGUCUGUGUCAUGGUGUGUGUGUCUCUGUCUGUGUCAUGGUGUGUGUGUGUAUCUGUCUGUGUCAUGGUGUGUGUGUGUCUGUCUGUGUCAUUGUGUGUGUCUGUCUGUGUCAUGGUGUGUGUCAUGUAAUGUGUGUCUGUCUGUAUCACGGUCUGUCUGUGUCUUGCAAUGUGUGUCUGUGUCAUGGUGUGUGUCAUGUAAUGUGUGUCUGUCUGUGUCACGGUCUGUCUGUGUCAUGGUGUGUGUGUGUUUGUCAUGUUUGUGUCUGUGUCACGGUCUGUCUGUGUCAUGGUGUGUGUCUGUCAUGGUUUGUGUCUGUCAUGGUGUGUGUGUGUAUGCAUGUUUUUACUCACCUUUUUUUUUUCCCACGUCGUGCUGGUCUCCCCUCGUCUGGCCCUGCCUCUAGGGCUGAGAUCAUCAAGCUUGAUGAUCUCAGCCAAUCCGUACUGACACAGGAAGCACCUCUAGUGACCGUCUGAGUGUCUGUCACUAGGAAGCAAUGUAAACACUGGCUUUUCUCUAAAAAGUCAGUGUUUACAUUGAAAAGCCUGCAGGGACAGGCUAUAGACACCAGAGCCACUACAUUAAGAUGUGUGUGGGUGUGUGUGCGCGCCUGCUAGUGAGUGGGCUUGUGUUUUUAUGUCAAUGACCUUAUGUAUAUCAGUGAGAUUGUUUGUCUAUGAGGCUGUGUAUCAAUCAGCUUGUGUCAGUGAGAUUGUCUGUGUCUGCAUGUGAGUAUGCUUACUGUAUAAUUAAAAACUUUACUCUGAAAGGACCAAUAUUUUAUAUUGGAAAAAGCAAUAUAUAUAUAUAUAUCAAUCAUCUAGGGUGGCAAGACAUAGCCUUACAUAUUACAUGCGACAAUAUAUGGCGCAAUGACUUAUGGGGCUGGCUUAGAUUUUUUUUCCAGGGCUGUUUUGGAAUCCCCAGUCCAACCCUGCUCAGGGAUGUUCAUGUUUUCAUGUAAACAAUAGGAUUUACUGCAUAAAAUUGUUGAUUUAUACAGUAUAUUCAUAAAUGAAGGAGAACUAAAAGUGAACUUCAAAUUAUAGGACAAAGUAGCGGAAGUGGAAAAAAUCUUUUUUUUCAGUUUCACUAUUUUGGCCUAAAAUUUUGAAUUUAAUUUGAAUUCCUGGCAAUUCUCAUUUAAUGAAUAACUCUGUAUGUGGUUUGUCCUCUUGACCUCCUCCCCUUAUUAGCCAUUUUAAAGUUUAGCUGGUCCUUCCUGCUGAAAUAAUAGCUGUGACCAUUAAAAGGUUUAAUUUGCUAUUUUUUUUCAUAUUUAUUCACUUUUAUAUAUGAGAUCAUUUUGUCUAGAUUUGGCUUAGAAACAUUUACAAUUAUAUUUGUAUUAUAUUUUAGUUUUUUACAAAACGUGCUGUUUUUCAAAAUAUGCUUUAUUUCUGCUAUUUUAUUAUGGUAUUCAAAACUAUGCAAAAUUGAGAAUGUGUCAAGGGCUAUUGGGAGCUCUUUAGGCGGCCGCAGGGGGAGCUGGCUGUUCUGUCUCUGCUCCCCCUCCCCAGCGCACUAGAAAGAGACAGGGCCAGAAUAUGACAUCAUAUUCCGGCCCCGGUCUCAUUACACGGCGCGCUGGGGAGGGGGAGCAGAGACAGAACAGCCAGCUCCCCCCGCAGCCGCCAAAGGAGCUUCCCCACAGGUAGAAAUUGUGUGUCAGUGUGAGUGUAUGUGUGUGUGUGUCUGUGUGUGUCUCUGUGUGUGUCUGUGUGUGUCUCUGUCUGUGUCAUGGUGUGUGUGUCUCUGUCUAUGUCAUGGUGUGUGUGUGUCUCUGUCUGUGUCAUGGUGUGUGUGUGUGUGUCGCUGUCUGUAUCAUGGUGUGUGUGUGUGUGUCUGUCUGUGUCAUUGUGUGUGUCUGUGUCAUUGUGUGUCUCUGUCUGUGUCAUGGUGUGUGUGUGUCUCUGUCUAUGUCAUGGUGUGUGUGUCUCUGUCUGUGUCAUGGUGUGUGUGUGUGUCUGUCUGUGUCAUUGUGUGUGUCUGUCUGUGUCAUUGUGUGUCUCUGUCUGUGUCAUGGUGUGUGUGUCUCUGUCUGUGUCAUGGUGUGUGUGUCUCUGUCUGUGUCAUGGUGUGUGUGUGUAUCUGUCUGUGUCAUGGUGUGUGUGUGUCUGUCUGUGUCAUUGUGUGUGUCUGUCUGUGUCAUGGUGUGUGUCAUGUAAUGUGUGUCUGUCUGUAUCACGGUCUGUCUGUGUCUUGCAAUGUGUGUCUGUGUCAUGGUGUGUGUCAUGUAAUGUGUGUCUGUCUGUGUCACGGUCUGUCUGUGUCAUGGUGUGUGUGUGUUUGUCAUGUUUGUGUCUGUGUCACGGUCUGUCUGUGUCAUGGUGUGUGUCUGUCAUGGUUUGUGUCUGUCAUGGUGUGUGUGUGUAUGCAUGUUUUUACUCACCUUUUUUUUUUCCCACGUCGUGCUGGUCUCCCCUCGUCUGGCCCUGCCUCUAGGGCUGAGAUCAUCAAGCUUGAUGAUCUCAGCCAAUCCGUACUGACACAGGAAGCACCUCUAGUGACCGUCUGAGUGUCUGUCACUAGGAAGCAAUGUAAACACUGGCUUUUCUCUAAAAAGUCAGUGUUUACAUUGAAAAGCCUGCAGGGACAGGCUAUAGACACCAGAGCCACUACAUUAAGAUGUGUGUGGGUGUGUGUGCGCGCCUGCUAGUGAGUGGGCUUGUGUUUUUAUGUCAAUGACCUUAUGUAUAUCAGUGAGAUUGUUUGUCUAUGAGGCUGUGUAUCAAUCAGCUUGUGUCAGUGAGAUUGUCUGUGUCUGCAUGUGAGUAUGCUUACUGUAUAAUUAAAAACUUUACUCUGAAAGGACCAAUAUUUUAUAUUGGAAAAAGCAAUAUAUAUAUAUAUAUCAAUCAUCUAGGGUGGCAAGACAUAGCCUUACAUAUUACAUGCGACAAUAUAUGGCGCAAUGACUUAUGGGGCUGGCUUAGAUUUUUUUUCCAGGGCUGUUUUGGAAUCCCCAGUCCAACCCUGCUCAGGGAUGUUCAUGUUUUCAUGUAAACAAUAGGAUUUACUGCAUAAAAUUGUUGAUUUAUACAGUAUAUUCAUAAAUGAAGGAGAACUAAAAGUGAACUUCAAAUUAUAGGACAAAGUAGCGGAAGUGGAAAAAAUCUUUUUUUUCAGUUUCACUAUUUUGGCCUAAAAUUUUGAAUUUAAUUUGAAUUCCUGGCAAUUCUCAUUUAAUGAAUAACUCUGUAUGUGGUUUGUCCUCUUGACCUCCUCCCCUUAUUAGCCAUUUUAAAGUUUAGCUGGUCCUUCCUGCUGAAAUAAUAGCUGUGACCAUUAAAAGGUUUAAUUUGCUAUUUUUUUUCAUAUUUAUUCACUUUUAUAUAUGAGAUCAUUUUGUCUAGAUUUGGCUUAGAAACAUUUACAAUUAUAUUUGUAUUAUAUUUUAGUUUUUUACAAAACGUGCUGUUUUUCAAAAUAUGCUUUAUUUCUGCUAUUUUAUUAUGGUAUUCAAAACUAUGCAAAAUUGAGAAUGUGUCAAGGGCUAUUGGUAAAGUUAUUUGUAUUCUUACUGUAAUACCUUUAUCAGGUUCAAAUGCAUGUAGGCAUCCACUGGUAAUGAAAGGCAUUGGCUCAAAACUUAAAGGGUUACUCCAACCACUAUGGCCACUUCAGGUAUUUGAAGUGGUAAUAGUAGUAGGGGUAUGUAUGUGCAAUAUUUCUGCAUAAAUCAGAGAUAUUUUUAAUUGUGUGUUCGGGGCUAAUUACACCCCCAGCACACAUAACAUUGGCAGCCCAGAACUCUGUCAAUUUUGUGCACAUUUUUUGUCUGUCGUCAGAGAGCACUGCACGCUGCCAACAGACGUUAGAAGCUAACUCUCCUCUGCCACCCUCCUUCCUUGUGGGCUCUCUUUUUGUUUUUAUUUUUAAACUCAUCCUCCUUCCAGUCACUGAACUGGAGCGUGUACCUGUGAGAAACCUGUGGUUGGACCUGUGAUGUGAGGAAGGAGUGUGUAAAAUAGCCCUCGGAGCAGGGGGACCUCAUCCAUAUUGCCCAAUAGGUCAUAUUACAAAGAAAUGGUCCCCCUGCUCCAGAGGUUUAAAGUAACCCUUCAUCAAGAAACUUUAAACACUGAAUAAUAACAGACAGUACUACUUGUAUAUUGUUUGCCUGCCUUCCUCAAUUAGACUCCCUAGGUCUUCAAUUUCUUAAGAAGUCCCUUAAAAUUCUCUUCAGAAUAGUCUAUGACCUUCCAGGUUAACUGUCAUUCCGCAAUCCUAUAUCCUACUUUCUCAUUUUAAUUAGAGGAUCAACUGUCAUCUUUCAAUUAUGCUACUUUUCUGCCCUGGUACUUGAUUCCUAUCCCCCUUAUUGCCCUGCUAUUGUGUUUUUAUUCUCCACCUCUAGAUUGUAAGCUCGUUCAAGCAGGGUACACGUCAACCUAAAACCCCUGUUAAAAUAGAUUGUCUCUUUUGUUUUUAAAUGACCCCUUUUAUACCAUUGUAAAGUGCUGCAGACUACGUUGGCUCUAUAUAAAUGUCAAUAAUAACACAGGGUAUUUUGCUAAAGUGAAAAUCCAAUGUGAAUUUGAAAUUUAAGAUCAAAAUAGCCAAACUAUAAAAUUUCUCUAAAUCAGCUGUGUUUUCAGCUUGGCUACUCUGGCCUUAAAUUUGAAAAGCACUUUGAAUUCUCACUUUAGUGACUAGCCCUGGUAAUGUAGCUCCACCGACAGUUCAGUAUUCCAAAUAUACUCACUACAUUGGAGAAUUGUGUUAAUACUCCAACAACAUGUCCAUCAUUAUAUAACAGAAGAUGAAGCAAGGUUUAUUGGUGUUAGUUGAGCUUAUUGAAAAAAACCAACAAGAUUCAAAUUAAGAUAAUUCAUUAUAAUUUACUGGUGAUGACAGGCAUUAAUUUUUUAGUUCUUUAACUCCUUAAGGACACAGGACAUGUGUGACAUGUCAUGAUUCCCUUUUAUUCCAGAAGUUUGGUCCUUAAGGGGUUAAAUAUGUUACAUGAUGUUGCUAUUCUAAUACUUCUUCUCAAUAGCACGUACAUCAUUAUAUGAAGCCCAUCCUAUCCUACAGAAGUGGAUUCAUUUCCAAUGGUUUGGUGAGUGGCUGUGCAGUCAUUUCUUUUGUUGCACAAUAAGGUCAAUAACUCCUUGUUCUUCAAGUCGAGUAGAUGAUGCCUCAAAUCAAUAUUAUAAGUCCUGCAAUUGAUCCUUUCAGCCACCUUUUACAUCUGUGAUUAUCCUGAAUUGGUGUGGGAUUUGACAUAUCCGGUCCCAUUUCCACACAAAAAAAUAAAUAAUAAUAAGAUAUCCAGAUUACGUAUUGGUUUGCUUGUUCUGCAGGGCUGUGUGCUUUUUUUCUCUAAAACUGACCAUCUGAUGGUUUCUAUCUUGAAAUAUGUUAGUUUAAUACUUCAAUGAUCUUCUGUUUUGAUUCUGCAGAUUACUCCCAUCAUCUUCCCUCUCCAUUUAGAUACAAAUACCAAUAGAAAAGUAAAGGUUAUCCCCUUUAUCAAUGCAUGUCCCUAAACAUCUGCUGUAAUGUAUUUUGUCAUUUCUCUAGCACUGGUUAAACACACUAACAUUUUGUAACGUUGGCCUGUUUUUUUAUUUAACUUUUCUGUUGUAUUUUCUACGUCAUGUUUGGCGCUACAGUGGGAGGUGCAUGCAGCAUGAAAUAACUCCUGGAAUUUUUGUCAUUGUUGUAUUAUGUAGCUACUGCGCUAACCUAUACAUCUAUCUUUAUUUUGUGUCCACUUUUAGAUACAAAGCUAGAGAGUGAUGUCUUCAAGCUACGUAAUCUCACAGUUUUGGUUCAGUGUUUCUAAAGUAUAGUCAAUUCUUUCCUGCAAUACAUUAUUAUGAUAUUAUGAACAACGAUAAGAUUGCUUGUUUUGUUAUAAUGAGUCCUGGAAUAUAAGCACGGUUCUACUUUGUUCUGUGAGAAGCCUUCCUCUGUGAGCACUUUGUUCAUCUUUUCAUUAUUAAGCUCUGGUGGCCUGUUUCUGAUCAUAGAUGUCUUAAAGUAUGAACAUAUGGAUCUGUCUUUUUGGAUCCUCAAAUACUGGUGGGUACUCCAUAUAAAAAUUCAUCGAAUUCUCAACAUACAGCAGAUGGGUAUUAUGGGGAUUUAUUCAGCCAUCAAACGUAGAAAGGCAACAUUUCAACUCCAAAUGUGCCUUAAUCAAUCAAAAGAUAAAUUUGUUGUCGAAAGAUUGUCUUUCCAUGUUUGAUGGAUGAGUAAAUCACCAUUAUACCCUUUUGCUGUGUGCUGAGGAUUGUAUUAAUUUUCAUAUUCUGAGGAGGUUGAGUGAAACAAAGAACUUACCUACAAGCAACACAAUUUAGAGUCACCCUCAAGUGCCUUAUACUAUUGACUAUUGCCUUCUCCAUGUAGACUAUCUUUUUUUUUUUCUUUUGUGCAUCAGAAGAACAAACAGACUUGCGCUGCUCCAACAGCAGUGGCAAGAGAAAGUAGUAUAUAUAUUUCAACAGUGAAGGGCAGUAGCACAUUUUUUGGUAAUAAUAAUUGUUGCAUGCGUGUAAAGACAUUGCAGUAGAUAAUUACAGGAUUGGUCGAGAGUGCGUCAUCUAAAUAUCGUCAUAAAAUAGUAACCAGCAUAAAAUAAGGCUUGAAGUCUAAUAUUUCAUACAAAGAACGUCUGCACAGUUUAAUCAGCAAUUAAGUAAUGGUGUCACAUGAGGUAAAGGGUAGCCACCAAGCCCAUAGUAAGUGUGCUGGGAGUGAGCCAGCCCUCAAUGUGCUGUAAAAACAAGCUAGGCAUAGUGUUAGCAUGAUGAUCAUUAAUGUAGAUAGUUGCAUAGGUGGUGAUACCUGACGGAGACUGUGCAAGCAGAUAUUAACGGGGGAACCACAGGACAUAAGAAUGUAAAACAUUGUAAUAUGCUUGAAACCUAUGGAGGGGACUGGUGUUCCUGCCGUCUGGGGGUUACAGUGGUGUGCCCGAAGAGUAUAGCGGGGGAUGGCUGGUUGUGCUUUGGGCUAAGUUUAACCAAUUUUGAACCGCAGUUUGGGAGAGUCCCAUGCAUGAUAGGAGGUAAGUUCCUGGCGCCCAUUUCACCAUCUCAGGUAGUGAUUGUAGCCGCUGCCGCUGGUGUAGUUGUUUUCGGGAUGAAUGGUGUGAUCGUGGUUGGCUUCCAUCUAUGGGUCACUGAGGUCUUUGCAUGUUUGUUGGAGUGCUGUAGGGAGUCCCCUGGAAGGCCCAGCUUGGUGAGGAGUGCAGGUGCUUAUCCAUGAUGGAGUGUACCUCUUCUCCCUGUCUUACUUUUAAGGCCCGUGGAGAUCUCCAGCGGUAUUCUUUGCCGUGGCUGCGGAGCAGGGCUGCGAGGGGUUGUAGCGUCUUGCACCAUUGUAGUGUCUCACCGGAGAGAUCCACAAAGAAAGAUAUAGCCAUGUUCUCGCAGUUGAGCUGGGCUGUCCCCUUACGUUCUUCUUGCACUAGCAUCAUGUCUGCUACAUUGCAAAACCGCACUAUCAGGUCUCUGGGUGCCGAUUCAGGCGUUUUCUUGGGUUUCGGAACUUGGAAUAUUCCCUCUAGGUUUAUGGCUCUGGAUUGCUUCCAGUAGGUGGGCCACGAGCCACAGGAUAAGAUGUGGAAGCUCUACCGCUGGUAUGCUCUCCUCCCCGGAUUUUUAGAUUGUUGCGGCGACUCGAGUCUUCCAGUAAGGCGAAGCACAGUUUGAAGGCUGCUUGACGCUUGGUGAGUGUGUGGAUGUCUUCUUGGAGCUGCGCUAUUGUUUGAGCAUUCUGCUCUGAGGUGGCUUCCACUAUGACGAUGCAGCCUACCAGGUCUGUGAUAUCAGUGCGGAGCAGGGCCACAUCCGCCUGUAUGGACCUCUGAAGGGUAGACAUUCUCUUUCAUGCCCCAUUUAGGAAAACAGUUUUGAAAUUUAGGGUGCUUAGCUUGAAUUUUCUUUCCAUCUGUUAAUCUAAAGAUGGAAAGUUGUCCUGUCAUACAAGUGGAGCAAAUGUUUCACUAUAUUCUAUGCGUACUUGUUUAAACUAGUCUUCCUUUAUAAUAGUGUUUUAUUCUGAAUUAUAUAUGACUUUGUAAUUCCAUUUGCCCUAAAAACAUUGGACUCAUUUACAACCAUGUCUUUCCCUUUUUUUAUCAGCUUGGAGCUAUUCACUGUUAAUGACUAGUUGCUGGCUACUGAAUGCAAAAGUGACUGCAAAAUUCUAACAGUUUAACCCCUUAGUGACCAGACCGUUUUUAAAUUUUCUUACCGGACUAGCGCUGUUUUUAUAUUUCUGCGUUGUUUGUGUUUAGCUGUAAUUUACUCUUACUUAUUUACUGUACCCACACAUAUUAUAUACCAUUUUUCUCCCCAUUAAAUGGUCUUUGUAAAGAUACCAUUAUUUUCAUCAUAUCAUAUAAUUUACUAUUAAAACAAUUAUGAAAUAAGAUGAAAAAAAUAAAAAAAAACACUUUGACCCCCAAAAUCUGUUACACAUCUACAACUGGCAAAAACCACCCAUGCUAAAAAGUUUCAAAAUUUUGUCCUGAGUUUUGAAAUACCCAAUGUUAACAUGUUCUUCGCUUUUUUUGCAAGUUAUAGGGCUAUAAGUACAAGUAGGACAUUGAGGUUUCAAAAUAUUUAUAUCAUGUAUAUCAAUGUAUCAAUAGUGACAUUGUAACACUGUUAUCUGUCAUAAAUCUCUGAAUCACACCUCACAUGUACAUAUUUUUUUAAUGUAGACAACCCAGGGUACUCAAUAUGGGGUAUAUCCAGUCUUUUUUAGUAGCCACAUAGUUACAAACACUGGCCAAAGUUAGCAUUUAUAUUUGUUUGUGUGUUAAAAAUGCAAAAAACAAUUAUGAACGCUAACUUUGGCCAGUGUUUGUGACUAAGUGGCUACUAAAAAAGACUGAACAUACCCCAUUUGCAAUACCUUGUCUUCUUUUGCAAAUGGUAUGCCAUCAUGGGGGUAAUUCUCAUUCCUGGGCUACCAUACGCUCUCAAAGGCAACAUAACCAAUCUGGCAAAUUUCAAGGUGAAAAAACAGAAAAUCAAGCCUUAUAUUUGACCCAUGGGGGUACUGUUAUACUCGGGAGACUUCGCUGAACACAAAUAUUAGUGUUUCAAAACAGUAAAACAUAUCACAACAAUGAUAUCAUUAGUGAAAGUGCAGUCUGUGUAUGAAAAAUUCAAAAAAUGUCACUAUCACCGACAAUAUCAUCUCUGUGAUAUGUAUUACUGUUUUGAAACACUAAUAUUUGUGUUCAGCGAAGACUCCUGAGUAAAACAGUACCCCCAUGUACAGUUUUUAAAGUGUCAUUGAAAGUUACAGGGUUAAAUACAGUUACAUAUAGCAAAUUAAAUUCUCUGGACUUGCAUUCUGGGUUGUCAGGCAGGUCCCUCAAAUUGCAAUUAAUAGAAUUACUUAAUUAUGUAAAAAUAUUACAUAAAUAUGCCAGUAGAAUUUAAAUAUAUAUACAUAUUUAUAUAUUUGAAGUCUACGUGUAUAUUUAUGAAAUUAUUUUUGUAAUUAUGGAUAUAUAUAUAUCGUAUUAUUUUUAUUUAUUUAUAUAUACAUAUAAUUUAUGAUGUAUAAUUUCAACACACACACACACUUUUAUUUUUUUUAUUUUAAUAGAAGCAAGGAAACUGCCUGUCAGUUUAGGCAGUCACCCUGCAGGCUGGACGCCUAUGGACGCCUAUUACGGCCUUGUGGUCGCUCUUUCAGAGCGAACACAUGGCCCGCGGGGGCCUAAUUUGCAGAGGCAGUCCCCCCAGACCGGGAGAAACACAGAUCGCCGGCAGGGGGAUGACGGCGAUCAGGUAAGUAAUAAGGACGGCUCAUAUUUGCAGUUUCUUUGGGCGGACGUACCUAGUACAUCCGCGGUCCUUAAGGGAUUAAAAUAUAGUUUCGCCUAACUAUGGAUUAAUUUUCAAUGUUGUCAAUACAUAAUACCAACAAGUUGUUGCUAAAAUUCCUUUUGCUACUGUUAGCGAGUAGCAGCUAUUUACUGACUGCAAAACUUAAUGUACUGACUGGGAGUUGGCAGCUGUCGCUACUGAAAGCCCGUACCAGCUAACAGGGAGCCGCUAGCCAAAUCUAUUCAUCGGAAAAAUAAAUUUUAGCUGUUUGCUUUGUGAUUCAUCCAUUUGACUUUUUGGUUUGGAUGAAUUUCACCAAUGCAAUAGUUUUAUGACAACCAUUUUGGACAAACCUAAAUGACACAAAAAUAGGCCAAUCAGACUAUUGCACAAUAUAUUCAUAAUAUAAAUAUUAUGAAUAUACUGAUCAGCCACAACAUUAAAGCCACCUACUUAAUAUUGUGUAAGUUCUCUUUGUGCUGCCAAAACAGCUCUGAUGCGUUGAGUCAUGGACUCCACAAAACAUCUGAACAUGUCCUGUAAUAUCUGGCACAAAUAAUUUAGUAGCAGACUGGUGGGGCCUGCAUGCUCAAUUUACUUGAGAUCUGGGACAUUUGGAGGCCAGGGCAACACCUUGAACUCUUUGUCAUGUUCCUCAAAACAUUCCUGAACAAUUUUUGCAGUGUGGCAGGGUGUAGUAUCCUUGUUAAAAAGGUCACUGCCAUCAGAGAACAUCAUUGCCAUGAAGUGGUGUGUAUGGUCUGCAACAAUCACUAGGUAGGUGGUAUGCGUCAAAGUAACAUCCACAUAAAUGCCAGGACCCAAGGUUUUCCAGCAGAAUAUUGAUCAGAGCAUAACACUGCAUAUGCUGGCCUAUAUUCUUUCCAUGCAUCCUGCAGCCAUCUCUUCCCCAGGUAAACGACAAACAUGCACCAAACUAUCCACCUGAUCUAAAUAAAGACAUGAUUCAUCAGAUCAGGUAACCUUCUUCAAUUCCUCCAUGGUCCCCAUUGAAGGCGCUUUUGGUGGUGGACAAGGUCUUUGUGGGCACUCUAACAAGUCUGUGGCUAUGCAGCAAACUGUGAUGCACUGUGUAUUCUGACACCUUUCUAUCAUGGCCAGCAUUGUGUUUUUCAAAAAUGUGCGCUACAGUAGCUCUUCUGUGUGAUCGAACCAGACAGGCUAGCUGUCACUCCCCACACGCAUCAGUGAACCUGGGACAACCAUCACGCUGGCACUGGUUGACUUGUAGCCCUUCGUUGCACCACUUUUGGUACUAACUAAUGCAUAACGGAAACACUCCACAAGAUUUGCCAUUUUGGAGAUGCUUUGACCCAAUCGUCUAGCCAUCACUAUUUGGCCAUUGCCAAAAUCACUUAGAUGUUUUUUCAUUGCCUAUUUUUCCUUUUUCCAACACAUUAAAGUCAAGAACUAACUGUCCAAUUGCUUCUAAUACACCCCACCCCUUUGACAGGUGCCACUGUAACAAUAUAAUUAAUGUGAUUCUUUUCACCUGUCAGUGUUUUUUUUUUUUUUUGUGGCUGAUAAUAUAUAAAAGUACACUGCCAGCUGGCAAAAGGUUAAAAACCCUUGGCGACGCAAGAGUUAAUUAUGUGGCAGCUGGGCAGCACUUGCAAGCCAGCCGCCACAUUUAAAAAGUUAAAAUAAGACCUUCAUGUUAAUAAAAGCGAGGUUUAAAACUUCCCAGUGUGUCCCCACCUGCCAUGCAACAGGUGGGAGCAUCUCUACGAACUUGUUAAACCUAGCAGGUGGGCAAUCCCCCACACCAAUUGGCAGCUGGUGGAGGCACUAAUUAUAAAAAUCAGGGAGAGGACCUAAUGGUGACUAUUGGUCCCCAAUCAUCUAGUCAGCCCCUAAUAAAAAGUAAGGACCAUGCCUCCCAUCACCAAUAAUAGUGUGGGAGGGCAAUACCUGUAAAAUAAAAGUUAAACUUACCCAUCUGAAGUUUUCUGUCUCUUAAUUAUUCUAUUCUUAAACCCCAAAUUACAAUCAAGAAUAACCAAAAUAGCUAGUUAAAAUAAAAAUUAAAAAACGAUUUUCCAAAUAAAAAUAAAAAUCUAUUGUGCGUUGCAAUAAAAUGAAUGGAUCUUCAUGCAUGGUAUGCUGCAGACUGAGAUCCUCCAGCAGGGAAAAUGUCCCACGCAAUGUGAUAUCAGUAAAAUAUACCGAUGCAUUCAGGUUAUUCCUGCAGGUACACUUGGGCUGACCAAAUUCUGUUCAUAUUUCACUUUAGUAAAAUUCAGCCCAAGCUAAUCUGGAUGCAUUUGGUGUCAAACCUCGAGACUUGGCAGACUUUUUGCUCUAGACUUACAAACACAGCACUUUUACUGAUACUACAUGGAAAUUUUAACCAUGCGAUGUAAUAACUGACAUUGUGUGGGAAAGCCUUUAUAAGGACUUUCAAUGCUAUGAGAACUCAGUCUGUGGCAAGCCCUCAUGGGGCAACGAUGGAUGAAGAAUAUCAGAAUUACACAAAAGAAGACUUCUUACGGUAAGUAUAAUUUUUUUCUUGACAGGUCUUAAUUUUAUUGUUCACCCUCACUGUUAUUAGGGUAGGAACAUUUAGUUUUUAUGGAGGGUGGUUAGGGGUUUAGGGACCCCUAGCCACCCACAGAGAGGUAUGGGGAGGAGAGGUGGGGUGCAUGCAAUUAUUUGACAAUACCAUGUCUACCCAGCCCCUUAUUUAAUAAUUAGAGCCCCCUCAUGCCACCCAUUGGUGAAGGUUGGGUGGAAACCUAGAUCCUCCCACCUGAAUAUUUGUUUUGAAGUCUCCACUAGGUGUGAGUAGCUGACGUUUAAUAAAUAUAUGCAAUAGAUGUAUUCAACUAAAAUGUAAUUUUAAAAAAGAAACCUGAGAGGUAUCUAAUAUAGCUUUGUUCUGGAUCUGUUCCUGUCCUGCUUUGAUAUCCAGGUAAAUACCUAGUAGAAACAGAGAACUGAACCAGAAGGUGAGCAGAGGCAGUUGUAAGCAGCUACUACCAAAGAAACUGAAAAACUCCAGCCUUCUGAGAGCCUGUACUGCCUGCACAACUAAGGAGAAAAGACAGACCUGAUGGAUUUUCUCCUUAUCUGUAGACACUUGCCUACCAGCUGCACUCUGUGGCUACUGUCUACUCUGCCAGUAUGCUGCAUAGCAGGAACCGAGGUAGCUGCUAGGAUCACUCUUGCUGCUGGCAUCACACGCCAUGUACUGUUGCCAGAAGAUGGAAGCUGAUUUAUGGUGUCACCCCAGCAGCUGAAUCAGCAAGGAGCUGUGCAAUUAGUGCAUAACGUGACCCCAGCAGGUUCCCAAUGGUACCCAUUAUUAUAUAAGUGGGAUUUUUUGAUGUCACAAAGGUAGAACAUAUGACCCUUUAAUGAAGCAGUAUUGGUAUAUACCAAUCAUGCCACUGCUGUCUCACAGCUCAAUUAGUUACCACUUAAAACAUAAUCAUUUUGUUUCUGUGUAUGAAGCCCUAUCCACACCUCCCCUGACUUUGACUCACAUAGUCUCCUUUCAAUCAGAUCUUACAGCACAGUGUGUUUACUUUAGAAUCGACUUGUGUAUUAAUUUUCAAAUGAGGUGCAAUUCGUCCCAAUUUUGGCCAUUCAGCAGGUCAUCUAAAUGCCAUAACUCCAAAGAGCCAUGUAGACAUAUCACCACACAAAUGACCCGUGCAAUAAAUAACAGGUUUGUGUGUUUUUGAUUCAGAGUUCCAUCUUUGGGGCCAUAAAAAAUGUGGUGCAGAAUGUAAAAAAAAAAGCUAUUUUAUUUUAUAUGGGGGGUGGGGAGAGUAAAUAAGCUUUGUUUACUCUGAUGGACAAGAGGUCUACACAGUGAUGUAGGCUCACUGGUGGAUCCAGGGGGGAGAUCAGAGCUCUCCCUCCCCAGUCCGCAGGCACUGUGCUGACAGCCGGCAGGGGAGGGAGAUGGAGGACCCGAGAGCUCAGUCUGUAGCUCCUCCGGGUCCUCCUCUCGCGAGAUUUGGAGCGCGGAAACGCUCCAAAUCUCGCGAGAGUGAACUCUAUCCCGGGAGCGUGGGCUAUAGUUCACUUGAACCACUGGGACCACCAGGGAAUCACCACUGGGACCACCAGGGAUGAAAAUAUGUCCCCCCUCCUCCUCAAUAAAGGUAAGAAGGGAGGGGGGACAUAGAAUAUUUUUUUUUUUAUUAAAUAAAGAUAUAUAUUAUUAAAAAAAAAGCCCCCCCUACCCUUAACACACACGCAUAGCCCCCAUACUGCCCCCCCAUACACUGCUUCCCCCAUACACACAUACUGCCCCCCAUACACAUGCCUACACAUACUGCCAUGCUACCCCAUACACACAUACUGCCCCCCCAUACACAUGCUGCCCCCCAUACACACAUACUGCCCCCCCAUACAUGCUGCCCCCCAUACACACAUACUGCCCCAUGCUGCUGCCCCCCCAUACACACAUACUGCCCCCCAUACACAUGCUGUGCCCCCCAUACACACACUGCCCCCCAUACACACACAUGCUGCCCCCCAUACACACAUACUGCCCCCAUGCUGCCCCCCAUACACAUACACACAUACUGCCCCCCAUGCUGCCCCCAUACACACCCCAUGCUACACACACAUACUGCCCCCCAUACACACAUACUGCCCCCAUACACAUACUGCCCCCCAUGCACACAUACUGCCCCCCAUGCACACAUACUGUCCUCAUACACACAUACUGCCCCCCAUACACACACACUGCCCCCCAUACACUGCCGCCCCAUACACACACAUUGCCCACACUCACACACACUCUGCAACUGUUACACACACAUACUGUCCCACACAUACACUGCAUCCCUGACAUACACUGCCCCCCCUACUCACACACUACAACCUUCACACACACACACACACACACACUGCUCACACACUGUCCCCCUCACACACACCCACACUGCACCCCUUACACAUUGCACUACUCACACAUACCACUGCUCCUAUGCCCUACUACCGCCCCAUUUCCCAGCAGACCUCAGGUAAGUUGUCAAACUGUUCUUAAACGGUUUGACUACUUACUCUAGGAGGGGGUCCCGGCACUAUUGACACCAUAACCACUACACUGAGCUGUAGUAGUUAUUGUGUCUGGAUUAUUUCUUUAAAUAAUCUACAAGUGCCCCUCCCGAGAUCAGGCUCUGGAUCCGCCACUGUGUAGGCUACAUUACUGUCCAAUCAAGAGGUGGAAAUAAACAAUGAUUGAUGGAUAAGGGACAACCACUAAACGCUAAUUUCAUUCACAGAUCAAUGGAAGUGAUUAAUACAGGGGAAAGAAUGAGGACCAAUAAACCAACUACAUUUCCACGCAGGAUCUUCUUGAUAAUCUGAAUUCAGCUUUUGAGGGAGACAGACCAACAGACAGGAAUUGGUUUUGCUGUAAGAGUGUGAGAUAGCUUUUCUCAUUGCUCCGUGUGAGACUAGUUAGGUUACUGCUGUGCCUAGCUACUGUCAGUGCCACUUGUACCAACUUUGCUGGUGUAAUAAUAGUGGCAGAAGUCGAAAGAGGCAGAUUGGACACGUACAGCUGAACUCAUCAUCCCAGGUACGUAUCCACCAGCCCACUCUUGAAUAUUUUGUUGAAUUUGAUUCCAGGGCCAUGACAAAAUAGCAGACAAACAAAAUUUUCCACAACAAAACUGUAGUGGUCUUGCACUGCCUGACAGUCUUGUGAUGUGACUAUGCCUGUUACCUCCACAGUCGCAUUUCAAAAAAAAAUGCAUUUGCAUUGCAGCACACUACUAGGCACUUUUUGUGUCAUUUUGAGACUGCCGGGUCAUGAUCUAUAUACCAAAACACUUAAUUAAGCUAAAGUUGCUUUGGUGACUAUGGUGUCCCUUUAAGUUAAUAACAUUCCAGUGUAUCUCAUGGCUCGCAAUUGCUUCUUAGAGGCAGCCAUUAUUAGACCUCAGAAGCAACACUUACCCUCUAAGAUAAUGCACAAUCAGAAUGGCUGAAAUUGCCCAGAGUACAUUUUUCAAACACAUGGCACUUGCUUCCAAUGACAAAAUUCAGGAUUAUACACUAGCUCUUGAUCAUCCCCAUAGUAUUUGGUCACUUAAGCUGUGCUUUUGAGUGACCAAAGCAAACGUAAAGAUGACAGCCCCAUAGUGCAAGUCUAAGUCAGGAGAUGCACUGAAAAGUUAUAUUUACUUAUAUCCAUUCUUUACAAAAUAAUACACACAUAGUCUAUAAUGCAUGUAAUCUUUUAUUUUUUUAAAUAAUCAAAAAUGACAGUUUUCCUUUAAUGUUGAACUAUAAAUACUAGAAAACAUAACAGGCGCAUCAUAACAGGCACAUCAAAAAAAGAAAAACUCAACUAAAGCUUCAUUAAGGUGAGAAUAUUUUACACACGUUGGCAUUUGUAAAUAUUUCAAUUCCAUUAAACAAAUUACGUAAUCACAGCAAAUACAAUUCAAUUUUACAGCUAGUAAGCAUGAGUAAUUCUACAUUAUACAAAAUGUGCGAUAAAGGAAGUUUAAACAUCAGAUCUCUCUUUACAGAAAUUGUUAGAGAAUGCUGUGUAAGUAGCAUGCAGGGAGGUGUGCCUAUGGCUACAUAAACCAAGUAAUUUAAAUGGCAGAGAACUGAGCAGUGAGACAGCAUGAUCUAUACACCAAAACUGCUUCUUUGUGCAAAAGUUGUUUUGUUGCCUGCAGUGUUCUUUUAAGUUAAAACUUGAUCAACCAAUGUUCCUUUUGCUCUAUAUCUACUACCAUCUGUUGAUCUUUGACGUUGGCAUACACCAUACCCUCGGUACAUUACUCUCAUAGAAACCUCCACUGUCUUGACCUACUUCAAUUCUCCACUAACCUACAUACUCUCCUUUUAUCUCAAACAUAACGUAUCUACAACUCCACCCACUCCGCUGAACUGUAUAGUAUGGCACCUCCUAUAUUUAAACAUUGCCAGUGACCCAUUUACAACCCUUGCACACCAAGCUGAUCCAUUACCUCCAAAAAUGCUUCAGAACUGCUGAAUGCUGCUGGAGAGACUCUCAUUCUAUGUCUGACUUCCUCUAUUAUAAAUUACUGCUACUCACCUAUAGUCUUGUUCUUUCCUCAGCAAAAGAAAACUACUUCAACACCCUCAUAACCUUGCUUUCCCAAGAACCCAAAUGUAUCUUUCACACUGUUAGCUCUCUUCUUCACCUAUUACUGCUCUUACUACUACUAAUUAACCACCACUAAAUUUGCAACACACUUUGAGAAGAUUUCCAUGAUCAGAAAAUAGAUCUAUAAUCUCUGUAGUACCCCUACCUAUAUUUCCCCCAAUCCUGCACCCUCUUCUGUUUUAUGCUCACUCGCACCUAUUAUACAAUCAAUUUCUGCUUUGCUUCGGUCCUUCAGCCCUACCACUUGCUCCCUCAAUUCUAUACCCUCACAUCUCACUAGCUCUCUGUCUCCUUCUCUGCCUCUGUCCCUUACUGAAAUAUUAAAACUCUCCCUCUCCUCUGGCAUAUUUCCUUCACCUUUCAAGUACACAGCCAUCACCCAUAUUCCAAAAGAGCCUAACCUUGACCCUAAUUCCUCAUCCAUCUAACUCCCUAGCUCGCUACUAGCAUUUGCCUCCAUGAUCCUUGAGAGAGUGGUGUAUGCUAGGCUAACCAACUUCCUUGAAAACAACUCUCUGCUUGACCCGCUUCAGUUCAAAUUCCGUGCUCAUCACUCUUCUGAAACCGCCUUGACCAGAGUAUCCAAUGAUUUAAUUGCUGCUAAAUUAAGUGAUCGCUACUCACUCCUACUUCUCCUUGACCUUUCUAUUGCUUUCAACUCUGUUGAUCAUCAACAACGUCUUCUCAUCCUCUGUAACCUUGGUCUACGAGACUCUGCAUUUUCCUUGUUCUCAUCAUACCUCUCCCAGCGCUCUUUCUGUGUUUCUUUUUCUGUCUCUUCCUUUCCUCCACAGCAACUCUCUUCGGUAUUCCCCAAGGUUCUGUUCUUGGUCCCCUACUGUUCUCAAACUACACUGCCUUUCUUGGUAAACUCAUCAGCUCUUGUGGCUUCCAAUAUCAUUCCUAUGUGGAUGACACGCAAAUCUAUCUGUCCUCUCACCGAUCACUCGCUGUCCCACUUGAUUCAUGUCUGAGACACAAAGGGGUUUGGGGAAGACACAAGGUGCAUGGGGAAAGAGACACACAAAAGGGCGGCGAGGAGAAAGAGAAAUAGAUGGGAAGUGGAGAAAUAGAUACACAAAAGGUACUGGGGGGAAAGAGACACACAAAGGGGUUGGAGUAGAAAAAGACACAAAUGGCUAGAGGGGAGAAAGAGACACACACGGGUAGGGGUAAAAAAGAGAUACACAAAGGGGCUGGAGGGACGUAAUAGACACACAGUGGGGGGUUGUAAGAGACAAAUAAAAGGAAAAAUGUAGGAUAAGAUAUACUAAAGGCAAGUGUAAAUUAAAAGGAGGAUAAGACACUAAAACAGGGGUUCUCAAUGUUAGUCCUCAGGACCCCCUACCAGUCCAGGGUUUAGGGAUUACCUGGGUGUGUCUAAGGUGUUUAGAAAAAGAAAAAAAAACCACCUUAGAAUCUAAGGUGUUUUUUUCCCUUUUUCUAAACACCUGAGACACACCCAGGUAAUCCCCAAAUCCUGGACUGGUAGGGGGUCCUGAGGACUGGGUUGAGAACCCCUGCACUAAAAGGUGUAAGACAUUCAAAGAAAUGUAAGAAAUUCAAGAGGGGCUUAAGGGACACACAGGUGAAGAUGCAUUUUUUGCUGGGUAGGCAAAAUACAUCUUUGCCUGUGUAGCCAAAAAUCCUUGCAUCAGCCCUGGAUAGAUGGAUACACAGACAGAUAGGGACAGAUGUUUCAUUUACUUUUGAAUAUUUUAUACUCUAAAUAUUUUACAUAUUAGUUAGCAAUUCAGUUAGUUCAUAAAUAGCUGAGAUACAGCUCACAAUAAGUUAAAUAGUUUAGGGAUUUGGUGGCAGGUGUGGAGAUGAAUUAAGUACUCUAUAAUAAAAUAAAUUCCCACUUGCUCACUCUGUCUCUCUUUAUCUCUGUCAUUUUAUGCUCUCUAUUUAUAGAUUAAAUAUUCAAUUAUUUCCCUAAUAUAUUUCAAUUUUAGGAACCACGCUGAGAACUGAUCAGGAAAAUCUAAACAGGUCUGUGGCAGAGGCUUAACCUACUGUUAAUUCAGAUUUCACACCUCUAAUUAAUUGCUCGAUUGACACCUCAGGGGAUCUUACUCUUUAGCAAGCAAGCAUAUCUUCAAGCAUCUUUUGAAGUAUCUAUGAACGAUGAGUUACAAAGCGAAAGUGAGUUACGUGUUUGUAAUGAAUACAGGAUGAUAUAUUGGGUUUUUAUCUUUUUUUCCUUUUUUAAUGGAUAUAUAUUACACAAACUGCCUGUUACUUUGCCAGAUCGUAUUUCCAAAUCUAAACUUCAUGGUGGAUGAAGUCACACUGUGCAAUAAAAGCCAUAAUUCACUAUGUGACAAGCACUAUUCAGCCUAAGGCCCCUAAUCUCAGAGCAGCACUGUGAUAUACGUGACCCGGACUGCCCAAGAUUGGUGGGUGUUAAUUCCGCCCCUCUCCCUUUAAUAAUAUACUGCAAGAGGAGCUGCGGAGACAGAGACACGUAUAGACAUGUAUUUCCUGACACUGCCCUAAGAUUAAAGGUCUCCAGCCCUCAGCCUAAAUUUAACUCUAAUCAUAAUUUUAUAGGAUUGUGUAAUGUACAAACAACAGAUGUGAGAAAGACUGAACUUGAUGGAUACAUAUCUCUUUUCAGCCUAUGUAACUAUGUAUUAUGAAAGAUACCUAAUCUGUGUCAGAGAAACAUUAAGCUUUGUAUGAUGUAUAUAAACACUAGUUGUUCACCAAAGUAAGUAAUAACCUGUUAUACACUCUUCAUCUCCAUGCUUUAUGUCUUUUAACAGAUAAAGGACAUUAAAAAUUUCAAACAUAGAGGUUGGAAUCUUAAUGAGGUACGAGAUAAAUUGGGCUUCCAUUAGUGUGCCUUGGUUCACUUUGUGCACAGCUGUCUAUAACAAUUCAUUGAUCAAUAUGGAACGUUAGGGAUAUAGAAAUAUGGUCUGUAUACCAAAAGAUGGGAAGUCCUGUUUUUAUGCAUUGUCAACAAAUACUUGCUUUUAAAAAAAUAGAUUCUACAACUACUGUUUUUAUUAUUCACUCUUACUUUUAGUAAAGCUGCUGUAAUGAAAUGUGGGCAUUGGAGGUGGGGAAUGUGUCUGUAAACAGAAAUAAGGGGGCCAGCAGUGAGCUGCAGUGGGGUCUCCACCUUCCUGCUUUAGGUAGGCAUUUCAUAGAGGUUGCAGAGAUAGGAGAGUGUCCAGUCCAGGUCCAAGACCCCUCCCCCCACCCCCAUCAUCAAAUGACUCAGGCACUCCAGAUAUGUCCCUGUGUUAAUGGUGUCAAUAAGCUUUCUCCUGUUCUUUCUACAUAUCCCUCGGACAUUAAAUCAGGAGGGAUAAAGAUAUUUUCUGGUGGACAAAUAAAUGCAGCCUUUACACACCCUAGUAAAUUAUGAUUUCAAACAAGACUUUUUUUUUUUUUCUGAACGGAUACUGUUGCCAUCGGUAUUACAAGAUUCCACUCCUUACCGGUAAAACGAUCCUAUAUUCUAGACCUACAUGUUGUAGUCAACAAGUAAGUUCCAUGGAAAUGUGCUCUGCCUUACCCCUGUCAGUGCUGCAAGAGCCACAAAUGUCGGGUACUCUGCUGGUAGAAUCCAUAAAAUGUGGAUGUCACGAAAGAGAUGUAUUUCCAUAGCAUUUUGAUCUCUUUGGCUACUUGUUUCUUUUUUCUGCUUUUACAUUCCUCAAAUAAGACCUACUUCUUCCUGUUUCUGCUGUUUCACAUCCCAGCAAUCAAUUUUUUGUGGUCUGGAAAAUAUGUAAAUUUAUUUUCAUGUUGGUAUGCAACAUGAAUAAGAAAAUAUAUAUAUAUAUUUUUAUUGGUUCUGAUAUUUGGAUGGGAAAAGAGUUAAAACCAAUUAUGAAAUAAUACAAUUAUAGUUCAUAUAACAAUAUUUAAAUAAAGAUUCAGAAUACAUGUCAUUGUAUUCCUAAUCUGUGCUAUAGGCCUUUACGUGUGGUAAAGUUCCCUACAUGUUCUAUAAUUCUCUCACAUAUGUUAUAAUUCAGUUGUCCAGCAUCCUUUUGCCCCUACACUGCCAUAUAGUGAUACUUCCUCUACAUGUGUAAGACUUCCCGCCACAUUGUCUUGUAUGUGUCAUGUUGUCCUUUUCCCCAUACAUAGUCCUAUUUGUACUCCUAUCACCCCUAUUAUAUUGUACGUUGUGAUGUCAGAUUGACGUGAAUUUUCUAUUGCCCCAUAUGUUGUCGCAUUCAACCAUAUAUAUAGUUCCAUUGCAUUGCCCCAUAUAUUCCUUUAAACUGUGUCAUAUGUAAACCAUUUUCCCCCUAUUUACACCAAAUUGUCCAAAACAGCCACAUUACGCCCAAAAUGUCACACUUCUCUCAUUACCCACAUAUAACUGGUAUAUUGAUCCCAAUUUACUGCCAUAUUGCAAGUCACACGUAGGUAAUUGUGCAGUAAGAAUGGAGUAAGGGGCAUGAGUUUUACACCAAAACUUUGUUAAACUAAAGUUGUUUUGGUAACUAUAGUGACCCUUUAACUAUUCACAAUUUGUGAAUCGUGUAUUGUGCACCAAGAUUAGUAGUAAAGACAUUUAUGAAUAGUAACAAGAAAAUGUAUGCAUAUUUUUAAAUGAUUUUAUUGUCUCCUGUCACUGCAGUUUUUCUCAUUGUCUUAAAUUGUUAAUUUCUUGUCAUCAUGGGUUUUGAGAUAUGCUAAAUAUGGGUUUUGAAAUAUGUUAAAUAUAAACAUUUAAUGCAUCCAUAGGCAGCUAUCUACUCCUGUAUAAAGUAGUUACCUGCCAUUUUGUUUUCAGUAAUCCAGUAAUGGGGGGAAAUAUAAAAAAAAUCACCACAAGUGGCUGUAACUAUUACUACAUGGUUGUAAAAUAGCAAAUUCCGACCAAUUUCCAUAUAGCCUGUUCUUCAAUUUCACUUAUUGCAAUUCUCAUUUUAAACAACAUAACUUUCAGAAGAUCAGUCUCUUCUAAAUGUGUUUGCUGCAUAAUUCUGAUGAUACUGUUAAAUCAAUAAAUCACAAUAUGAUAGUGUUCAAACCUUUUCUCGGGUGUUUACAAGAUGUCUGCAUGUAUUUUCUUACACUAGCUAAACACCAUAUAAUUGCAGUGUAUUUUGUAGACCAGAACCAUUUUACCAAAAAAAUAUAGAUUCAUAGAAAAAAAUAUUUUAAGUACACUUGGUCUCUUAAUGUAAUGAUCUGAAAAUGAGAAUAUUUCAGUAAUGAUACAUUAUGGUAAUGGAGAAAUAAGGACAGAUAUGUGUAAGGCUGACAUCUUACCAUGGUUUUACAGGGCAUGUAACAGAAAAUAAUUAAAUGCUAAUAAAUUACAGCAGUGAUAUCAAUGGAAGUGCUGUGAUUAAUUAUUUUAAUUAGAGCAGAAUGUGAAUAUUACUUGCUACCAAAAAAGGACUUAAUUCUACAACCCUAAAGCAGGGAAGUUUUCAUGUUACCUAAAAACCAUAACGAUUACCACCCUUUCGUACAUGUAAAUGACUAGUCAUAAAGUUUGUUAAAAUAAAUCUAAUGAGUUACUAAAAUCAGAGAGGGUGACCCUGUCCUUAGGAAUAGGUUAACUUGCAAAAGACAAUCUAAUGGAAGAAAUCAAAUUUAAGGGCAUGAAAAAAAAAAAUCCAACGAUAAAUUACCAAGUUUAACACAAACACAGGUUGCGUCAAAUAUAAAGUCCAAUAGAACCACAAAUACUCGUGAAUUUCCUUGCUGGUAUCCAUCUGGACUUUGGAAAAUAUAAGGUAUAUGUAAUAAAGCUGUUGAUAUCCCUUACAUUCAGUGUUUGCAGCCUGUUUCUCUGCAUAUAUUCAUAGUUGAUCUUUUAGCGUUUAUCCUAUCUUUUUGUAUUGGUUUUAUAAAUGAACAAAUAAAUAAAUAAAAUAACCAUAUCAUAGCCUCAAAAGACACUCCAAGCUGACAGUAAAACCCAUUUUAAAAUGGAUUAUAGAGAUGAUGCAUUCAACUAUUCUAUAAAUAGAGACACCCAGCUGUAAAGUUAUUGCACAUUCUACAUUUUAAGAGGAAGAGAAGGCACCCCAGAUCAGGAAAAAGCUCAGCCAAUCAGCAUGUUCCAAUUGUUUUUAAAAGAGUUGAGCUGAUAAUGCAAGCCCUUGUCCAGUAGUGCUGGGUAGGACAUGUAGUUAUGCACAUGGCAGCAAAUGCAAUUCAUUGUAUAGGACAGUGGUAGGCAAUAGACAACUUGUGGAACUCCAGGUGUUGUGGACUCCCAUAAUGCUUUUACUAUCAUAGUGCUGGCAAAGCAUCAGGGGAGAUGUUGUCCACAGUAUCUGGUCAAAGGUUGCCUACUCUUGAUAUAGUAUGAAUGAAAAAUGAUCAGUAAGCUAAUAGCAGCUUCUCUAUGGCUAUCAGCUUUCACACAGCUUUAUUCACAGCAGAAAUAUGGCUACCCAGGGAAACCUGGACCCAGGCCCCCUUGAAGUCAAGAAUAUACGUGCAUGUAGUUGUUUAUCAAAUAAACUGUGAUUUUUUUCCAAACAAAUUACAAAUUUUAGACCAAACUAGCAGAGCUGGAAAAAUAAAGAAGGCCUCAAUUUAAUAAGCUUUCCAAAUAAUUGUAUACUGCCAGGAAAACGUUCCAAAUGAUUUCUCUACAUAAAUCACCUUUAAAGUCAUUGUGAAUUUUGGUAGAGAAAUCAGUUGGAAAGAUUUUCUGACAUCAUUGAAUAAUCUGGGAAAUGUAUUAAAUUGAGGACACAGUGUAAUUCCCUUUUCACUUCUCUCCGGAGAGAAGAGUCCUCUCUUCUCAUUUCCUUAUAUGCUAUUCUGCAGCAUUCUACUGUGUGAGUCGUAUAUGCUCAAGUACAGUAUAAGAGGGAGUUAUGAUGUUUUCUAUACUUUCAAACACUCUUAGAAGUUUCUGUCCGAAGAUUUCCCUAGGACAUACAUAUGUAGUUUAUAAAAAAGUAAAAUUGUUAACAAGAUACGAUUCUGUUACCUGAAAUAAACAGUAUAGUAACAAUCUUAUUUAGAAUGAAAAAAGAACAUAAAAUGUAGCUGUUCAAUUACACUUGUAACUGCUUAUGAUCCAAAAUAUUACUGAUUUUAACUUCAACAUGUCUUUUAUAGUCUAUAGGACAUUCAUUGUUCAAGUAUAAUAGACAAACAGUUACUCCUAACAACUGAACGCAGCCCUAAAUUGUGUCGUUUCUUCUGCUACAAUAAUAAUGUAUCUAUAUGUCUGCGUGCAUAACCUUAUAGUAUCAUCAACUAUAAGAUGGAAAUGUGGAUCAAAUUCUAGUCUGUCCAUUUAUAAGUAACCAAGAUAUUGUAAUGAAAUACAAGAAUAUCCCAACCCUGAAACAGAGCCCCAACUCACAUGGGUUUUGGUGGAACAGGUAAUCCCCGAUAAGCCUGCUCUACUAGAACUGAGGUCUUACCUUGAUAUCACAUAUGCUGACUUGUCUGAUAGUUUUUGUGAUGGAGCCUGGCAUGUGGGAUUCUAGCUCACUGGGCUAAUGCAUCAAUAGUAGAAUCUGUGUGUCUGUUUAUAAUCUGUUUGGGUUGCAGGGUUGAAUCCUGGCAAGGGUUGACUCAUUCCUUCAUCCUUCCAAGGUAGAUAAAAUAAGUACCAUUGAAUUGGGUAAUAGUCACAAACCCUGUCUGUUGGGUGAAGGUAACAUCCCCAGGACAUACUUGAAAACCAGAGUAAUCUGAAUGUUCUUUUCCUGAAUAAGUACUUUGUUACUAUUUGAAUGACAGGAUCUCUAGACUGUAAGAUUGUUUGAGCAGGGUCCUCAUAAACUCAUUUUGUAAUUGUUAAAUUUCCCCCUUUUAUAAUAUUAUAAAACACUGCAGAAUUUGUUGGUGUUAUGUAAAUGCCAAUAAUAUUAAUAAUAACUCUGCCAUGUUUAUGUAAAAUACUAGCAGUGAGACAGUUAUACCAUGAAAAAAGCUUUUUCUCUCCAGUAUAAUUGCAGCACAUUUUUUCACACUGAUUUUGGUGAGAUUUGUUUGUGAGUUGCACUAUUAGGGAGUAUUUGAGUCAAACAUAGCUUGGUACUUGCUUGUUGUUUUUCUGUACAAGAAAACUUACUCAGUAAGAUGUGAACUGCCAAGAAUUCAAAAUGAAUUUAAAGCGAAUUUCAAAUUAUUGGCCAAAAUAUAAAAAACAGAAAGAUGUAUUCACUUAUUGAAUUCAGGUGUUUCAAUGAGACCCAUUGUCACAGGUGUAUAAAGUCAAUGAAAUCUGCAUUUAUGAACAUUUGUAAAAAAAAAAAAAAAAAAAUUUGGGUCAUUCUGAAGAGCUCAGUGAAUUAAUGUGUGGUACUGAGAUAGGAUGUCAUCUUUGCAAUAAGUCAGUGCAUGAAAUUUCAUCCCUGCUAGAUAUUCCACGGUCACCUGCUGGUGGUAUUAUUGGAAAGUGGAAGCUUUUAGGAACAGCAGCAACUCAGCCAAGAAGCGAAAGUCAUAGAGCAAGCGCUGCGGAAUUAGUUGGCGCUAUAUUAAUACCAAUAAUAAUAAUAGAACUGGGUCGCCAAGUGUUGAGGCGGAUGGUGAAUAAGAGUCACCAAAGCUCUGCUGAUUUCAUAGCUGAAGUGGUCCAAACUUCCACUGGCAUUAAUAUCAGCACAAAAAUUGUGUGGUGGGAGCUUCAUGGAAUGGGUUUUUUUAUGAUCGAGCAGCUGCAUGUAAGCCUCACAUCACAAAGUACAAUGCCAAGCAUCGCAUCGGGUGGUGUAAGGUACGCCGCCACUGGACUCUGGAGCAGUGGAAAUGUGUUCGGGGGAGUGACAAGUCACGCUUUUCUGUUUGGCAGUCUAAUGGGUGAGUCUGGGUUUGGCAGAUGCCAGUAGAACGUGACCUGCCUUACUGCAUUGUGUCAACUGUAAUGUUUAGUGGAGGAGGGAUAAUAGCAUGGGGCUGUUUUUCAGGUGUUGGGCUAGGCUCCUUACCUUCAUUGAAGGGAAAUCUUAAUGCUUCAGCAUGCAAAACAUUUUGGACACAGCUAUACUUUCAACUUUGUGCACAAAGCAAGGUCCAUAAAUACAUGGUUGGAUAAGUCUGAUGUGGAAGAACAUGACUGGCCCACACGGAGCAAUGACCUCAACCCCAUCGAAUAACUUCGGGAUAAACUGGAACAGAGAUUGUGAGCUAGAUCUUCACGUCCAACAUUAGUGCCUGACCUCACAAAUGUCAUACUGGAUGUAAAGACAAACAAUUCCCACAGAAACACUGCAAAAUCAUGUGAAAAGCCUUCCCAGAACACUGGAAGCUGUUAAAACGGCAUAUUAAUGUCUAUGUAUUUAGAAUGCAAUAUUGUAAAAUCCCCUCUUGGUGUAAUUAGGCUAUUGUGAUCUAAACUGUGAAAAUUACUUUGACUUCCCAACAUUUCACACUUUAGUGAAUAACCCAAAAAGUCUUCAGGUGUGUGGAGUUUAUUACUUCCCUAAUUAGCUCAUCUUACUGAAAGAGACAAUUAUGGUCAGGUGUGUUCCAAUACCUUUGUAAACAAAUGGGACUGUUAAGUCACAUGUUUGAAUAGCUUGGUAAAUAGUCAGAAUUAACUGCAGGGGAUGGCUGACAUUAUUUGGCCUGGGGGGCAUAUACAAACUAAUGGCCUUGAUUUGUGCACAAAUUUCACAGAACUCUGUGUGAAUGAUCCAACUCACAGAGAGCAAAUGAUAUAUGAGCUUGAUACAUGGAGGAUUCUGGAGUGGCCCGGUAGGACAUCACAUACUUGCAACCUCCAUUGGUAUGACCUGCUCAACAUGAAUAAGUAUUCACAAAAAUCUACUCAUGCCUUUGUGAUGGACUCUUUUACACAACUCUUUUAACACCACCUCUCACCUCAUUCCGAAGCCACUUACAAACACCUCCACAUUAUGCAUAAUUAUCGUAGUCUGGCAGAUCAGCCUCAGAUAUUGCCAGGAAUCAUGCCAGUUAGCCAGUGCAGCACUGGAGUGCACUGCAAGUAUGAGCCACUGUACCAAGCACAAACCCACAUAGUUGGUCUAGAAAAUGCUUUGCUCAGUUCUGCCAGCUGCCUCAUUUUUACAGUACUCUGUAAACAGGCAGCCCGUUGCACCUCCAGUUGCUUUUAAUCAGCAAAUGAAACACAGUAAAGGAGUUUAAGCAUGUGUGGGAUAGACAUAAAGCUUUCCUAACUAUAAGAUAAGGCCAGGGACUAAUGAAAGUAUUUAGAAAAUUGGGCAGACUAGAUGGGCCCAAUGGUUCUUAUCUGCCGUCACAUUCUAGGUUUCUAUGUUUCUUGAAGCAGUACACAGACCCUGUAUGCAGAUGACCUGGGAUGGAAUUGCUCCAACUUCCCACAUUGCCAGCUCUGCCAUUGUAGCCAGCAUGUCCUUAUAUAAAGUUAACUGGCUCUAUCCGGAGAUUGAAGAUGUAAUCAAGGAGCUUGUACAACAUCUGUAGGUGCAAGUUGUCAUUCAGGAUAUAUCUAGAAACAGUGACUUUUUCUGUCUUUUUUGGAUGUGGAGUGUCCAUUUAAUUUGUCACACUUGGGACACCGAUUCCAAAUUGUGGUUGCUUCACAUGGAGUUAUGAGCAACCUUUAAAAAAAGGGAGAUGUGUGGAUUCAGUACAAAUUGAAGAAAAAUCUUCCUUCAUCCAUCCAUUCAUCUGAUCUAACAUUACAAGUAUCUUUAUAGCACCUGCAUGAACACUAAAUAUUGGUAUGCUUGUCCCAAAUCAACCUUUUUUUCUUAUCUUUUAUAAAUUAAUUUUCAUUUAGCUAAAGCUUGCUGGGGUUUAUUCUCUCACUGCUGGAUUCUUUUAGAAGAGAUAAAGUUCUUGAAUAGCAGUAUUGCCUUGGGUUGUAAGGAAAAAUGCUAUUCAAUUACAAGAGAUAAACUUAUCUCACCUAAUAGCACAUUUUAAGAUGAAAUAACCAAACUAAAAAAUAGCCAGGACAAAUGUUUCCAAAUUAGCUGCUUUGCCUAAAAUUUAAAUUUCCUUUGCCAUUAUCCACAAUUCUUAGUUAAGAUAAUAAACUAUUUUGUUAUUGAAUAUACAAUAUUACAGGAAAGAUGUUUAAAAGCCAUACCCCAAGCUCAAGCAUACAGUUUAUCCCUUCAGGGAUAAUUAUAUGAAUGUCAUGCUAUCUCGCUCCUAAAGUUCUUAAGCCAUGAUACCGUUAAAGGAGGACUGUCAUCAAUCAGGAUUUUGUUUUUUGUUUUCAUUUUUAUUGGGCUUAAGAAAACACAGGCCUGUAAAGACAUGAUUAACAAGUCACCAUGAGGUAGGUGUACAUUAGGUCUGUGUGGGUGCUGGUGAAAUCUGUGCCUAAUGAUUAGAUCAAAAUAUAUAUUAGCUUACCUGUUAACCCCCCACCCCCUCCCCCCCCACCCCCCUUCCUAGAUGGAGUUUGCAGGUGGACAGGAAUUAGGCAUGCACAUCUGGUGGAAGCCAUAUCUGAGUGUUUAUUUCUAUGCCAAUGGCACAGAGGAAAAGACUCAUUUAGGAAUCAAAAUUAGACUAGUUUAACCAACAUAAUGUAUAUAUGAAAUUGUACUAUCUAAAUAUAACCACCAUGUCAUUUUUGUGCUAGACACACUAUAUUUAGGGUAGGUUUGUGGAUGCUAACUCUGCUAGUAUCAUAGGCUAGCUGCUUGAUUCUGGCAAAGUAAUAUAUUGUAGAACCACAUGUAUUUAUUUACUGUGAGUUGCAUUUCAUUGAAACCAGAGUUUUGCAAGUUGACUGUCACCUCACCUUUUAAGUAAAGGAACACUGAAGUGCUUUAUGUGUCUGGAGUCUAACAUAGUUGUGACAGUUUAUAAAAGGGCAGAUUUCAAUAGAAAACAGCACUAUCAUAAAUGCAGGAAGAAACAUCCAGCCAGAAAGCUUUUAAUCCACUGCCCAUUGGCUCCACAAAGCAUUCUCAGUGAGCUGUAGAGUACCGCUCAUUGAGAAGCAUAGAGAACCUGAAAUACAUGCGCAGUUAGCUCCAGCACAGACACCCCAUUCCGCGGCGAAUAAAUGGUUAACUAACCAUUUAUUUUCUUACCUUAAUCCAGCACAGGGCUUCCUCGGCACUGGGGACCUCUCCUCCUCCAUCAACAUCAGCUUCCAAGUGGAGCCGUAUGAGCAUGUGCGGCCAGAGGCGCACGCGCAUUCAAACCCACCCAUAGGAAAGUAUUACUCAAUGCUUUCCUAUGGGGAUCUUUUUUGACACUGGAAACCGUGAUGACGUCCAGCGUCAAAUAAGUGUGAUUUACUUUGUGUAAAUCGCGGAAGCAGCCUCGAGUGGCUGUCAGGGAGACAGCCACUAGAGGCUGGAUUAACCCUGCAAUGUAAACAUAGCAGUUUCUCUGAAACUGCUAUGUUUUCCGCUUCAAGGUUAAAACUAGGGGGACCUGGCACCCAGACCACUUCAUUGAACUGAAGUGGUCUGGGUGCCUAUAGUGGUCCUUUAAGGAAAAUGCAUGCUGUUUUGCAAAAAUACUUAAAGGAACUCUCAGGACCCUCUAGUGCCCCUCUCCCUCCCACCCCCCAUCCCAAGUUGCUGAAGGGGUUAAAACCCCUUCAGUGACUUACUGGAGUCCAGCGCCGAUGUCCCUCGGCGCUGGGUUAGGCUCCGUCUACGCUCCUAAUGCUUAAUGCACGUGCAUUAGACCUCCCCAUAGGAAAGCAUUGAAUAAUGCUUUCAAUGCUUUCCUAUGGGGAUUUUGGCGACGCUGGAGGUCCUCACAUAGCGUGAGGAUGUCCAGAGUCGUAUAACACACUUUUCGUGUUCUAUGAACAUGGGAGUAUCCUCUAGUGGCUGUCUAGUAGACAACCUCUAGAGGAGGACUUAACCCUGCAAGGUAAAUAUUGCAGUUUAUGAAAACUGCAAUAAUUACACUUGUAGGGUUAAGGGUAGUGGGAGUUGUCACCCAGACCACUCCAAUGGGCAGAAGUGGUCUGGGUGCCUGGAGUGUCCCUUUAAGUAUAGUGAAUUGGAAUGUGAAUAGCAGUAUUGAGUCUAUGAUAAACCAAAUUAGCUAUAUAAAACACUGUAUUCAAUAAACCAAGCUUCCCCAAACUCCGGCCCUCCAGAUGUUGCUGAACUACAACUCCCAUGAUUCUCAGCCUAUGUCAUUCAUGGAAUCAUGGGAGUUGUAGGUCAACAACAUCUGGAUGGUCAGAGUUUGGUACCAUCCAGAUGUUGGGUAUGCCUGCAAUAAACUCUGAAUUCUAGCAAACUGAAAUCCAAAAGUCAAAAUUUAGGCAAAAAUAUGGACUCUGCGGCCAUAGGUGAGUUAGAGAUUGUUUUCAGAUCAGAUAUUUUGGCCUGCAUUUUGCCAUUCUGAUUUAAAUUUGCUACAGUUUGGAAUUUGCAAGAACCCAGGUCGUCUUCAUUGUACAAUUCUUAUUUCAAUGAACUACAAUUUAGUAUUUAGUGAAUAAACCAGUAGUAAAAUAGUGUGUGUCCGGUAUGCUGGGGGCAACAUAUAAACAAAAGGUUUACAAUCGAUAGGGCUUAUUCACUAAACACAUAAUUAUAGUUAACUGAAAAUGGUAAUUCAAAAUUAGGAUUUUUUAGUUAAUUGCAGUGUAGUAUUUAGUGAAUGAUACAUAUUUUUAUGGAUUUAUUUUUAUUUAUUUUUUGCUGGCCAUUAGUCAGGUGGUAAAUGUAGCAAGCAAUGUUCUGAUAUUAUAACAUAAUGAAAAUUGCAGGUACUUUGCAUCCAUGUUUUUUUUUUUCCCAAUCAGAAGUAAAACUCCUUGAGAUUUACUCAUAGAAGGAGCAAUGGGAGGAUCGCUCUGCAAGGUGAUGACAAAUGUCAGUAUCAUUGUGUUGUGGUGACAGAUGUUGGCAAAAGAGAAAUAGAUAAAGCCAGCAGCUGUGCACUACAUGACAUCUAGUUUUGACUCAAACAGAAGGCUGGCAGAUGUUCCAGACUGUCACAUCUCCUUAAUGUCUCCAAGAUCUACUUCACAUACAGGACACAUGAAUUCCUAUGCUCUGUCACCAUGGCUGGGAACAGACACCACUGGCAUGCACAAACGGUCUGUGCUUAUAUGGACAAAUACAACCAUUAAACAUCUUUAUGUUCCUGACCUACUUGUGAAAUUCUACAACAUGAAAGUAAAUACUAAGGGAGGUUUCAUUCCUGAGAGCAGAGUAUUGGAGAUGUUUACUUUAACCCUUUAAGGAGCACAGCAUAGAAAUCCCUUACUAUAUUGACAUGCCUGGAAUAUCUGUCAGGGGUUAACACAGGCUGGGCAGUAUAAUAAAAAAUGCCCCAUGUACCUCAGUACUGCUGGAGUCAUUGACUUUUCGAAGGAUUGCUGUGAAACUUAACCCCUUCAUGAAAAGGGCUGUUUGACACCGAACCUGCCUUGGAACAACACCAAUGUUUAUUUUAACCCUGUGGGUGUUAUCACUAGCUGGCAAUGAACGGGUUAUGUAAUAGCCCAUACUAGUUAACAACAUUGGUAUAUUAUAUUUAAUUAAACAAUCAUUAUUAUUAUUAUUAUACGGUUGGUAGGUUUGGUUAAAAUAACAAACAAAAAUGAAACAAUAUAAAUAUAAUAAGUAGCUUAUCCCAUAUCUAUAGAUUAGUAAUAGAGAGCUAUUGUUAUUGGUGGCAUAUUAGAGCCUUGUUAAGAAUUGCUCUUAACAUUAAAGCUGGUCUCCAAAGUGUUUUAGUAAUUUAAAUGUUGUGUUAACAAUUAGUAUGGGCCCAUCCUGCCUCCCAGUUUGUAUAAAAAUAUUACUCCGAAUUGUUCAGCUCCUGUGCUUGAUUCUAAAUUAGUCCCCACACUUAAUUAUGAGGAUAAGAGGGGAUGCCUCAUACCUCUUUGUUAUAGGAUAAACUUGCAGUAAAUCCCAAACAAAGGAGCCAGUCCUGGAAGAUAUGGGAUUUGCUAGUAGGAUUAUAGACUCAGAGAUAAUGAUGUUCAGCCAGUAGAAAUAGGCUUUAUUUUAAUUCAAAUAACCCAGUAAACAAACCACUGGCUUGAUGGUGAGAGAGAGGAACGUCUUCAGUUGCUACAUUGGCAGGAAAAUGAUAGAACAAAAAAAAAUCUAUUAUACCUCUUUUUUUUUGCAUAAGUUUAAAUUAAUAACAGAUAUAGAUUAAACUACCCACAUAGUCUAUUAAAAAUAACAAUACAUUGUUAUAUAUGUAGUCAGUGUAAUUUAAAUGUAUUAGUAUUUCUCCUGAAGCACACAUUUGCGAGGUUGUAGCAAUAAAAUAUGAAAUGUGUGGUAUGACUGCAUUUUAUCCAGCAUUAGAGGUACCAAUCUGUGCUCUGUGCUGUGUAUUUAAAGGGACCCUGUAUCUUAAGUGCCCAGGGUAGGCUUUUAUAACUAUACAUUCACUCUUAGAUUUUCAAUGAAAACUAAUAUAACCAUUUUCAUUCAAAUGCAAAAUACAAAUACUUCGCGUGUGUUUUGCUAAUGCUUCCAAAAUGAAUUAUGGAAUACCUUUAUCCACACCUAUAUAACACAGGCAGUGGACUGGAAACUAGGAGGGUUACAAACACGGGUUAUUGUCUCAUUUCCAGUAAGCAGGAACGAGCCGGUAAUAUUUUAAUAAUUGUUUAAGUAAUCAGACAUAUAUUUUAACUAGGUAUUUUUUUGUUAUUUGAUAUAUAAAGUUUAAACAAUACUCAUUUUUUUACAAAUUAUAUAUAUGAAUUUUUUUAUUAUUAUUUUUUUCAACAAUUCCGUGUUUUAUGGUAGACGUUUGAGUUAAAAAAUUCUUUGACCAUUUCGUCUGUACGAAAGAAUCGGGGAGAAGAAUCGAACAAGAUUGCUAUAAAUUGGAAUGUUGGCAGUAAGACUAGUGACAAUGUAUAUGACAGAACCAGCUCGCAUUGAAUCUUUGGGCACAGUGAUCCCAUCGAGAAUGCUGGGUUAAUCUCCCUAUUUUGCAAAAGUAGCAGAUUAAGAUAUUUAAUAGUGAUUUAAUAUCUCCACAGAGGGCAAUCUUUAAAUAUUAGCACAACAAUCGGUAGAGAACGUACUGGAUACCGAGCUAACACUCAGCAAUCUCCAAUUCAUAUUCUUUCUAAUUAAAUUCUUCCCUAACCUCCAGUUAUUAUUUAGCCAGAAACAGUUUUUUUCCCCCCAUAGUUCCAUUGCCAUUGCUUGUUUUUCUAUUUAUAUUCAUAUAUACAUUGUAUUAGUUUGUACGAAAUGGGAUGCCAUAUCUAUAGUCUAUCACUGUGGAGGAUUUAAAAAUUUGUGUUAAAUAACUUGUGAAGGUUUCAAAAUCCAAAUAUUUAAUUCAAACCUUCCAGUACCCAAGAGGUUAUAAAAAAAAUUGCAUUUUUAAUCUGUGUUCUGGCACUCAAAAGGUUAAGAUUUCCUAAUACCCCCAACAUAAGUGCAGGUAACGCCUGUUAUAGAGUGUUUGACUUGAAGACACACGAAAUGAGUUGAAAUCCUAUAAUUCUUGUCCAUUUCCUCUGAUUGAUUGGUAUUAAUCCCCAUUUUGGGGUUAAUUCAGUGACACUCAUGAUCUCGUAUUGAGAUACAUUCUGCUACCAGCGUGGUCGGUCCAUUUUACCAAAAAAAAAAAAAAAAGGGGGGUCUCUGAUAUACUCUGCUUAUUUGUAUUAUUUUCCUGCCGUGCCAUCUCAAUGAACUACUAAAAAUAUAUUUGUAGAAAGCAGUUAACUAGCUCGGAGGCAACCAGCUGGUGAAUGGAUCCUUAUACGAAACCUGUUCAAAUUGUUUCCACGCCUGGAGUCAUAGUGCAAAUCCCAAACACCUUGCACUCAGCACACAGAUGGUUAAUGAAUACAAUUAUCCUACAAAGAUGCAAAAACUGCUUUAACAUUUUAAUAGAUGUUGGAGGAUAUUUAGCGACAGACGGACAGACCGAGAGACAGACAGAUAGACACAUAGACAGACAGAUAGAUAGAUAGAUAGAUAGAUAGACAGACACACAGAUAGAUAGAUAGAUAGAUAGAUAGAUAGAUAGAUAGAUAGAUAGAUAGAUAGAUAGAUAGAUAGAUAGACAGACAGACAGACAGAUAGAUAGAUAGAUAGAUAGACAGACACAUAGAUAGAUAGAUAGAUAGAUAGACACAUAGAUAAAUAGAUAGAUAGAUAGACAGACAGAUAGAUAGAUAGAUAGAUAGAUAGAUAGAUAGAUAGACAGACAGACAGACAGAUAGAUAGAUAGACAGACAGACAGACAGAUAGACAGAUAGAUAGACAGACAGACACACAGAUAGAUAGAUAGAUAGAUAGAUAGAUAGAUAGAUAGAUAGAUAGACAGACACAUAGAUAGAUAGAUAGAUAGAUAGAUAGAUAGAUAGACACAUAGAUAGAUAGAUAGAUAGAUAGAUAGACAGAUAGACAGACACACAGAUAGAUGAUAGAUAGAUAGAUAGAUUAGAUUAGGUUUACAACAUGAAUUAAAUAAAAGAAUGAUGAUGGAUUUUAAUAAAUUGUAUAAUUGUUGCCAUUAGACUAACUAGCGCACCUUGUGGCACUCAGUGGGUUACUGCCUUAACGUUUCCUCUGACCGGCACACAUUGGGUUAAUACUGAAAGCACGUUCAUGCAGUUCCUCCUCCUUCAUAGCCAGUCAUGCAAGAAAAUGAACACAAAUAUAAGGCAUAUGUUAUUCGUUUGUACUGUUUACCUGGGUAACACGCUACCUGGGUAAUCCACAUGAAACAUUUCUAUUAACUCAUCAUUCAUUACACACUUUGGUAAAUAGAGAGAGGGAACUGUGAGCCUUUACACACUUCAAUCUCUCCACUUAAACCAAAAGGAAUACAAUCAUAGUAAAAAAAAAAAAAAUAUCAAGAAAUAAACUAGAGAAAUAAUCGUUUUAUUAUUUUCUGUUUGAAUCUGAGAACAAAACGUAACAACAAAUUAUAUUCUUCAAGAUUUAUCCUUGAUUUUUAAAAAAAAAAGUCUUUUUAUAUAUAUAACGUGUUAUAUUCAAAUCAUAUUUUCUGUUGGGUCAGAGUGUAUUGGGUCAUUAGAGUUAAUUAGAUU